UGUGGUGACCUUUAAGGACUGGUCGGUAACUAAACAAAUCAUGGACAAGAGGGACAGGCUGGCAAGAGGGCUGGCCUGUUGGUGACCCGCCUUUUUGAAGAGUCCGGCGUUCCACCAUCCCUCUUAGGAACACGUAAGCCGACUAGUCCGCGCACAGAAUUGGAAAUGGCUUCUGAAAACUGCAAACAAGGUCAACCGGAGGCAGUCAAAAUUUCCAAACAGAAGGCUAAGCUCCAAAAAACAUUACUCCCUUCCAAUGAACCCAAAAGAAAUCUUAAAUGAAAAGGAGAUGCUCUUUCUAGCCUCCCUUGAGCAAAUUCAACAGUCCCAGGAUGCGUUAAUAGCUAGGUUACAAACCAUUAAAAAUCCUUAUUCCGCCAAGGUUUUUCUGCUCCUUUGGAAUUUAAUUUUGCUACUAACACAACAAAGCCCUUAUCCAACGAAGACUGGACGCAGUGCCGGUUCCUGUCCCCCGAAGAAGUGGGUUCUCCCACACAACCCUUAACACCUCAAACAACAACACACCAAGUAGACCUUGCCAUGCCGAUGAGUAGGAACGGUUCAAUCUUUGUGGAUGCCUCAGGAUCCUUAGAUGGCAUUCAGGUGGAGGAUUGAAAGACAGAUACAGCGAGGGGACACCACGCCAGUGAAACAAAACUCACUAGGUUAGUACCUACCACAAAGGAUACCAACAGCUCACUCCACCUCUACAAAAACAUUCAUUCCAUCAUCCUAAAGAACAAACGGAGAAGUCUACCUUUGUUCCCCUCACCACCAUAUUUUCACAUCUUAUCGUGGAAUGUGGCGGGCUGGCUGUCUAAGCAGGGCGCUGCUGAUUUUCUGGAUUUUCUCUCAAAAUUCCAGAUUAUUUGUCUACAAGAGACCUGGUGCCUAGACUCUCAUCCCCCUUACUUACAGGGCUAUGCGGCUUUUGCUACCCCUGCGAAAAAACUAAAUAAUCGUGGCCGACCCAGCGGCGGUUUGGUCACUUUUAUUCCUAUAGAGCAAGGGUACAGGGUGCGACAACUACAGUGGAUGAAGAACAACAAUUUUCAGAUUUUACUUAUCUCCAAUAACACAGGAGGAGAUCUUCUAUGUUUCAACGUCUAUAUCCGCCGUGUGUACUUCCUCUCAGACAGUACAAAUCUGGGAAGAUUUGGAGUCAUGCUUGGAGAAGGCCAAAAUAGAAUUCCCUGACUGGAACAUCCUGCUGGCAGGUGACUUUAAUGCCAGGAUAGGCAGCGACAUCAAUUCGUAUGGCUCCAAAACCCAGUUUCUACCAGAGGCAGACUGGCUUAUCCCUUGGAGUUCUGAUGAAAAGGUCUUGAACAAGGCAGGUAUUACAUUACUGGAGAUUGCUUUUAAGCAUAAUCUGUACAACCUGCAUGGUACUUACAUGGACAGGUCAGGAGGUUUCUUCUCUUUUAUCGGCCCUCGUGGUGCAAGUGUGAUUGACCAUAUCCUGGUCUCUCCAACAAUUUUGGAGAGGGUACAGGGUCUCAGCACUUUUAAUAGAAUUGAGAGCGACCAUCUUCCUAGAGCAAUCUCACUAACUCCCCUUGAAUCAGGGGAUUACAACAUCUACAUUGUGCAGCCCCUCCUCAAGCACCGGCCCCACGCAGGCGUAAAUGGAACAGCGAGCUGGAGCUUAAAAUUAAUCAACACCUGCACUCUCCAGAUCUAUUGGUUCUGAGAGACCAGUGUCCUUUACCUAACUUUGAUCCUUUUUCACUAUAUCAGCGGGUCUCAGAGUCCCUUUUCCCAUUUCUUAUAAACACCAGGCCUCCCAUACAACAUAACAAAUCGGGGCCUGGUUUGACAAAGACUGCCGGAAGCUAAGAUCCCUGCUUAGGAAACAACAAAAUAAGGUAAAACAGGAGAGGACUUUGUCAUCUAUGGUAAAUUUCCACAGAUGGCGCUCUCACUAUAAAUACACCUUAAAACUCAAGAAAUCCCUUUACAGGAAGAAACAAUGGGAGGCACUUGAUAAGGCGAUUAAAUCGCGAGACGAUAGAAAAUUCUGGGCAAUAGUAGCACAGGGAGUCUCAUCCAAAGGAAAAAUUGUAAACAGCAGUAUUCCAUCCGAUGUGUGGUAUCAACACUUUCUCAAGCUAUACACACUCUCAAAUACUGCUAAUUUGAGUCCGCUCCUCCCAUUGAAGAAUGAGCAUCUAGUUAGUUGGGAUCCUGUUACGGAAUCAGAGUGCCUACAGCUAAUUAAAACUUUAAAAAAUGGCAAAGCUCCUGGCGAGGACAUGAUCCCCCCUGAGGUUUUUAAAUUAAAUGCCCAAUGGUGGGCCAUCUUUUGGCCAAACUUUUACGGCAAUGAACAACACAUGUAAAAUCCCAGCAAAUUGGAAACUAAGUGUGGUAGUCCCUAUCUAUAAGAAGGGAGACAUUCAAGAUCCAGCAAACUACCGCCCUAUAAGCCUUCUGGACAUCGCAUACAAACUUUAUACCCGGUACCUAUUAAACAAGCUGGUAGAUUGGGCGGACCAUUCUAACCUGUUCAACCAGGAACAGGCAGGAUUUAGAAAGGGCCACAAUACGAUAGGUCACUGUAUGGUACUACAGACCCUGGUAGCUAAAUAUGCAAAAGCGUAUAAGAGCAGACUCUUUGUGGCCUUCGUAGACUUGACAUCUGCCUUCGACUCAAUCUGUAGAGAUAGACUAUGGAAAAAAUUAUAUGAAACGGACAUUGACAGACGACUUUUAAAAAUUCUCAGAGAGUUACAUACAGACAUUACAGUCAAAAUCAGAACUGGGCCAUCGGGAACUCUUACGGACCCACUGCCAUUGGGGAAAGGGGUCAAACAGGGAUGCCUGCUAGCCCCAUUUCUUUUCAACUUUUAUAUAAACGACAUUGUCCAGUACAUGGCAAAGUACAAGUCAUCGGCUCCAGCCCUUGAAGGUAAACGCCUGAAUAUUUUGCUAUAUGCCGAUGACAUGGUUUUAAUGGCACUCACCCGAAGAGGCUUACGCAGCAUGCUGGAGGGGAUCGCAGCCUACUGUUCCCAUAAUUCACUAAAGAUAAACCAUGAUAAAACAAAAAUUGUGGUGUUUACUAGAGCUCGCCACACCUUUAGAUGGUCUUUAGAUGAACAAGUGAUUGAACAGUGCCCUUUUUUAAAUAUCUGGGUGUUACAUUCCAGGCUACAUCUAGCUGGCUAGCCCACUUUAAGGCUGUAACCAUCCUAACACGAAGAACAAUUGGUGUUUUGCUUAGUUUCUUCCAUACCAGGGGAGGACAAUUGGUGAUCCCGGCAUUAAGAGCUUUCGUUGGAAAGCUAUUCCCCAGAUGUUAUAUGGGAUAGAACUCUGGGGGUGGAACCAGAGGCUGUUGGAACGGCUUGAAAUUUUGCAAAACUACUAUCUCAAGAAGAUUCUAGGCCUUCCUCAAGGAACCCCAGCAGCCUUCUUGAGGGUGGAGGUUGGUUUACCCUCUGUGUCUGCCAGGGCCCACUUAAGAUUCCUACGAUUUUACAUCAACCUUGCAAACUCUUCAAACACCUUAUUGGCCAAACAAGCCUUCGUAUCUUUUCAAAAGAAUACCACUUGGCGCCAAAACUUAUCUGAGAUCCUGGUUAGAUACACCCUACCGGAGUUUAAUAUCCUCAAACGGUGGAGCCCGGACAAAGUCCGGAAAUGGAUCCUGGAGAGAGACGCUCUGUUAGAUACCACAAAAAUACAGAUCCCAGGGUCCUCCCACUGGCUUCCCCGACUGAAAGCAGUCAAAAUCUGCGCCAACUACUUGGCGAAUAUCACCAAUCCCACUCUUCGGAGAGCCUUUACUAUGGCCCGUUUUCAAACCAUUCCUACGGCCUAUCUGUCAGGCAGAUAUGCAAAAAUCCCAGUAGAGCAGCGGAUAUGUCCUUGUUAUAUGAGAACCAAAGAGGAUCUCAUACAUUACAUGUUGUAUUGUCCCAUCUAUUCGGCCUUCAGGGAUGCGAUGUUACAAACUAUACCUAAAUCAAUAGUCAACUCUGAGGACCAAGUAAAGUUUUUACUGGUAGACGCUGAUCCACGGAUUUCUCACGUGGUAGCGGUCUUUGUGGUGAAGGCUAUGAAAACUAGGGUAUGGUUCCUGGAUGAAAUGGUGAGGUCCCUCCCAUUGCUCUCCUAACCUGUUGCUGAACCUUCUUCCUUGAAUGGUGGGGUUUUUGGGUAGUUUCCUUGCUGGGACAACAUGGCAUGAAUUUUAGCUUACUUUUAUAAUCUUUUUGGUUUAUCUUUUAAUAAUGUUUUAUGGUAUUUUGUGUAAAGGCAUGGACCUCACAAAUUUAAUAAAAUUUGUUGUUGUUGUUGUUGUUGCAUAGUGCUGACAGCACCAAGGUUGCAGGUUUGAUCCCCAUAUGGGGCAGCUGCAUAUUCCAUCAUUGCAUGGGGUUGCAAUGGACUAGCAUUGGACUAGAUGAUUCUCAGGGUCCCUUCCACCUCCACAAUUCUAUCAUUUUUUGUUUCUCCCAGAAAUAGUAGGAGAAGAGGGAAAUGGUUAUCCUUUGGGUCCCCCUGAGCUUCCCACAUUCAGCAGAGCAGAAGUGACCCUGAUCCUGGUGCCAUCUGCGAGGGUUGUGAGGACAGGUUCCCUGUGGCUGCACUCCACACUGCCUCGCCAACAUGUCUGAGGUGAAACGGAGGUUUCUCAAUGGCAGCACGGCCAGCUAUUCCUUUCUUUGAUUGAGACAAGCUCCCCAUAAAGGCUAAUGGGUUUUUGAAGGAUAUCAGGCACGGGAGGAUAUGUAGGGCCGUUCGGUCUUCAAUUUUGUGGGAACUUACACUGCCUUGGGCUUACAUUUCCACAGGCUGCGGUGAUUCCACUGCCACUUGGGAAGUCCUCAAAUGGUCGACGGGUUUGGCUGACCCAAAGGAGAUGGGUUGCGAGAGAGAUAGCCUCUGAUGCCAUGGAUCUAGAGUUUGCGCCCACAGCAGUCUCCGGCGUCCUCUCUGCCAAGCAGACAUCAUCCAGGACAGUCCCUAGGGCCUGUAGCCACUUCCAGUGAGAGCAUGAGCAAAAACUCCUGGGAAACCGAGCAAUUGACAGUACUUUUCCCUGCUCCUCUGCAUCUUAAUUCUCCCCUGCCUCUUUCCCUCUGCGGCCUCCUCUUUAAUGCAUCGCAUUCGGGGAGGCAGAGAGCAACUCUCAGUGGGCUAUUAACGUGGUGCUGUAUCAACUGGCCCUGAGAGGCAGAAAGCUUUCCCAGAAGCACUGGGAGAGGGAUUUCUCCCCUCUCUCUUAUCCCCAGACCCCUGGGGAUGGUGUGGUUGUAAUUCACUUUUACAGCGCUGCCCAAUGAAGCGCAAAUUUAAGUGUGCGUUCUCCCCCAAUCCGAUCCGCAUAAAACCUGGAAGGCUUUUGCCAGCAGGACGCUGAGCUGGGGGUGGGGGUUCUGCUACACACGGCGCUAAUCUAAUCGCUGUCAUGGGUCAUUUCAGACACUGAUGGGUUUUUUGCUCCCUUGCUAAGAGGCAGGCCAUUGCCAGCUUCCCGGGGCCAUGCGUUGUCUUGCUAAUUAUGAAGCCAUAAAUGUCUCUUUAGGUAAAUAACUCACCAUAAAUAGAGGUGGGCUGAGAGAUGAGGAGCGAAGUGGUGGCCGCCUCAAGGCGGUCACAGUCUUGUUCUGUGGGAUGUCAAAGGCACCUGUGCCAGGAAGGUGUAAACCACCAAAAGGGAUGGAAGGAGCUAGCGAUGGCAGGAACUUGACCCAGAGACCAGUUUAUGUGCUAGAGCUUAGUGCUAUGGCCACGUGAUACAAAGUUAUGGACCCUCAGGGAUUUCCUGUAUUACAGAGGGUUGGACUAGAUGACUCGUGGGGUCCCUUCCAACUCUAUAGUUCUAUGAUCCAGUGAGGGGAAGCUUCUGUCUAUGAUAUGCACAAGUCUCUGUCCACUUCAGUUCCUCCCAGCUUCUCAUUUUUGCAAUCUUAACUUCAGGUAUCUAUAUUUCCACAUCAGUUUGCUUUGGGGUUUUUUUUAAUCCUCAUGAAAGUUCAUCAGCAAAUUUCUCCUAAUUGUAUGUGUAUGGUUUUGACUAACACACAUAUUUUUGCAAACAACUUUCCAUAACACAAUGCAUUUUUGUCAUUUGUUUUCAGCAAUAUAUGCAUUUUUAUGCACACUUUAUCCUAGUACAUACAUCUCUGAACAUAGUACUUGGCUGGAAAACUGCAAAUUUUGAAAGCGGGCUCUGCUUCAGUUUGUGCACAGUUUUGAAAAGUGCAAAAAAUUGGUAGGUUUGCCUUUGAACAAGAACUGAAUCAAAUUUAUCCUGCACUGGCAUGGUGUCAGUGAGCAGAGUCAUAGCUUCUGUUUAUCAUUUUCCAGCUCUUGUUCUUCCACUUAGAGCUUGGGAGCCAAGAAACGGAAGCCAGAAUUUCAUUUGCAAAAAUAUUGAACAAGUCAGGAAAACUAGAGAAUGUGCUCAAAAAUGGAAGCUGUAAGGGAGAAAGGAACAUGGGGAACAGUGAUGCUGUUGAUAUCAUUUAUUGAAUUAAAGCUCUUGUGUACACUCUUGAAAGUGUACAACUUCCUCUGACUCUAAUGGGUGAACAUAACAAGAGUCAUGCUAGGACAGAUCGAAGUUCCAUCUGGUCCAAUGUCCUGGUAUGACAGUAACCAGCCAGAUGUUCAUAGAGACGCCACAGCAGAUAUAGAAUCAUAGAAUCGUAGAGUUGGAAGGGACCCUGAGGGCCAUCUAGUCCAACCCACUGCAAUGCAGGACUAUGCAGCUGUCCCAUACUGGGACAAACCUGCAACCUUGGCAUUAUCAACACCACAUUCCAACCAGCUGAAAGUUAACAGCCCUCCCCUGCUUUUUGAUCCACUUUAAUUGGCAAUUCACAGGUAUAGUGCUUCUGGAUGUGGAGGUUCUGCUUCACUAUCGUGGGUUCAAAGGCAUAUCUUAAAUCAAUUACAUAACUGGAGGCAAAAUCCGCCAUCCCCUCUCCCCAGAUAAUGAUGACUCACAAAAGUUGCCUUAAUUUUAAAAGCAUUUUUUUCCAGGACUGGAAGAGGCUACCCUGGGGGGACCUUUAACUUUUAUGGGAGAGAGACAAUGGGGAGAGUGUGCACCCCCUAUAGGAGAGGAGGGUUCAUUGCAUCAGAAGCCCAGUGUGACUAAAUGAGUGCUAUCUCUAUUUCUCUCCCUACAUCACAUGACUAUUGUAACAUGACCAGAACUUACAAAGUUUAAUAUAACUCUUUUUCUCUUUUAAUGUUGAGAUAUUUUGACAUGGUGUUUUUUACCCCUGCUGAGACUCUUGCAAGGAUGGAAUUUCUCUGUUUCAUGGCCUUUGCUAUUAGCAGUUUCUGGAAAGAUCCAGGACGCUGGAUUUCCCCCUCAAGUGCCUUUCUGCACGAUCGAGAUUGAGCUGACCCCUGCUUUUUGUUGUUUCCAUUUCUUCCGCCUGCCAUAUCUCCCACUUUCUUAGGCUUUUAUGAGGGAGUCUGGCUGAGAAAAGAAGUGCGUAAUGGCUUCCAAAUUUAUUUGCACGGCUCUUUGGAAAUCGGAAUUUAUUAUAGCGAUAAGAAAACUUUCCCAAGUCGCAUUCACGUCCUUAAUAAUAAAAGUGAACAAUAAAUAAUAAAUAAUAAUAAAUCACGUGCCCAGGGGGCAAAGCAGGAAUUUGAACGGCCGUGGAAUUGGAGUAAGGGAUUCUACUGUAUUUCAUUGUUUAAUUAUCAACUGCGGCAGAACCAGCAUUGGGGGCAUUUAAUUCAUGCUUUACUUUUAUUUUAAAAUGCUGUAGAGCAGCCUUCACCAACCUGAUGCCCUCCAAAGUGUCCAAUCCCAUUAGUUACAGACAUAGGAACGUAAGAUCUUUCUGGAUCAGGCCAAUGGCCUAUCUAGACCAGCAUCGAAUUUUCACUGUGGCUGACCAGGUGCUUGUGGGAAGCCCUUAAGCAGAAGCUGAGCACAAGAGCAAUCUCCCUCCUGUGCUUUCCAGCAACUGGUAUUCAGUAUUAUUGUCUCCAACCAUGGAAGCAGGGCAUAGGCACCAUGUCUAGUAGCCAUAGAUGCAACCCAUAUCCAGAACUAUAAUAGCCACUACUGAGUCACCACCAGCCACCAGAAGCAGCAGAGAAAUAUGUCGGGGAGAAGCAGAAUGCAGUUGAAGGGUGAGCGUUAGGAGGCAGAGGGCUUCUGGAAUAAUCAGAAGAGCUUGGCGUAGCCUCCACAUCUCACCUCCUGAAGAAGUGGGAUCUCGGGGUGGUCACCCGUGUUGCUGGGGUGAAUCCACCAGCAGCUAUUGGAUAGAGAAGAACUAAAUUCUAAGCCAACCUGAUGUUCUCCUGCUGCUUUGUAUUACAGCUGCUGGCUGUUGUCUGAAGCAUCUGCUGAUGCCAGGCACCUACUGGAUACUAAGGAGUAGUCACCAAGAGAAGCAGGGUUGGAGACUGACGUCAAAGGAGUCUCUUGGGAGAACCUGUAACAGCCAGGAGACAAGAGGCAGAGGCAGGAGAAGCUGUGGCGUUGGAGAGUGAACAGGUAAAGGAAAAGGACCCCUGGAUGGUUAAGUCUAGUCAAAGGAGAUUAUGUAGUUGCGGUGCUCGUCUCUCUUCAGGCCAAGGGAGCCGGCAUUUGUCCACAGACAGCUUUCCGGGUGAUGUGGCCAGCAUAACUAAAACGCUUCUGGCACAACAGAACACCGUGACAGAAAUCAAAACUCAUGGAAAUGCCGUUUACCUUCCCACCGCAGUGGUACCUUUUUAUCUACUUGCACUGGCAUGCUUUCAAACUGCUAGGUUGGCAGGAGCUGGGACAGAGCAACAGGAGCUCACCCUGUCACGGGGAUUCGAACCUCUGACCUUCUGAUCGGCAAGUCCAAGAGGCCCAGUGGUGUAGACCACAGUGCCACCCACAUCCCUAGAGUGAAGAACAGGGGCAGGAGAAGGGAGAAGGGAGAGAUAGAUCAGGCAGGUGUGUAGUCAAGGACUUCCACACCACCAGCAGCUCCUUUCUCCACCUCUCCUGCUUUGCUGCCUCCCAGGACCAUAUGAGGAUUGAAGUGGAAGGAGCAGAUGGAGUCUUUGCCUGCUUGCACACAGCUCGGAUAGAGGAGAUAUGUAAGCCAAGGUCAGGGGCAGCGCCUCUCUGUUGUGGCAACUGCUUCAUCAGGUGCACACCUGGGAGUACCUGAGAGAUGCAGGACUGCAGAACACACCUUCCCUUAACUUGUAAGUGAAGAGUUAAUUUGUCACUCUGGACAUUCCGUGCCUGACAGCAUGGUGACAGCAGGGGACCAGGUUAGGGAAAGCCAUGGUAAAGUUUCUCUCCCUUCCUCCAGUCUAUGAAGUCCAAGCCUGACAAUCCAACACCUCCCGCUCAGCUAAAUUCACUUUGCAAAACGGCCAGUCCAGAGAGACUUCUUCUACCUGCUGCUGCUGCCUCCAUUAGUGCUUAGCACUAAUUGCCCAUGAAAUGCUCCUACCACCGCUAAUGAAACGAUGAGAGCGUGAGGCAGUUUUCAAACCACCUCCACCAAAUAAUCCCCCCUCUCCUCUUCCAACCCUCCCUUUUCCACCUCCUCCAGCUCUGGAAGAGGAGGCAAGGAAGAGGACACAGAAACCCCUCUCAGGGCCUACUUGUUAACAAUGAAGGGCUCUGUGUCCCUUGUGCUAAGCCUCUGGGAAUCACCAGCAUCCAGCAAUCAAUGCAAGCUGAAAACUGUGGAAUCUGAUACCUCGUAGAGCAAUGGUUGCUAAGCCUUCAUUUUGGGCUAACAGCCAGAUUCACCUUUGAUUCCUCUCCUAUUCCUCAUCAUGGCUAAAAUCUGAAAAAUGGACAGGCUUUGAGUCCUCAAGGGGUGCUACUGUUGCAUCCCAUAAUGCUCCCUCCUUAUCCCCUCAUUGAUGCCACUUCACCUAAACUUCUGAUGUCCAUAUUUUUCCUUCUUUCACCAUACCUUCAUCCCUCCAUCUCCCCAUCAUUUCGUAUAUCAUGUUCCGAGUGAAAUAUGGAAAACUGAAUAGUUGUGAUUCCACAGAGGUCCAAACCAUCUGAAGGGUUAAGGAAGGCUGCUCUAUGGAAAUCAGUGGAGCUAGUGACUUAUGGCUAGCUGAAGUCUCAUUGGUUUUGAAACUAGUAUGUUUAUUGCUAUAAACUUAUUACAGUUCAUUUCCAUACAUUACUGAUUUCUGCAAACUCCCCCUGCCAGGAAAUCCUAAUGAAGUGCCACUCAAAGGGUCACCUCAUUUUUCUUGAUGUUCUUCACCGCAUCUUAACCACGGUUGCUGAAAAAAGCCUAGGAGAGGCACUUCCAUCAUCCCAAAUGCAUUUGCAUGGAUCUUAUGAGCAAAGUAAGCCCUGGAGAUGAGGUUAAUGAUGCCCCAUUUGAUGCACUGAUUGGAUUGGGUUUGGGAAUGAUACUGCAAUCAUGGCUUUGUGGAGAGACAUUCUAUAAUGCAUGACAGCCAUGGAGUCAAAGACAUGCUGCCCACUUUAUCUACCCCAUCAUGUUUUCUCCUGGGGUCCCUGAAACCCUGCUAGAAAGACCUUUGUGAUGAUACUAGUUUCUCAGAGAGUUGAAGGCAAUAUAAGAAAAGAGGGAUUGUUACCUAUAGCAUCAGGAAGGUGUCCUCCAGAUUUGAUGGACUCCAACUCCCAUAUCCCAUUGGUUCAACUGAUAGGGGCUGAUAAGUCCAACAACAUCUGGAGGGCAUCUCAUCGCCACAUCUGCCCAGUACUACCCACUGUGUGUGGUAAUAACCCUCAGCCCAGUAAAAAAAAAGUGGGGAGCUGGAAGGAGAGAUGAGGCAGAAGGGGCAACUAGGUAUGACCUUAAACAAGUCUUGGCCAUUAAUAUAAGAACAUAACAAGAAUCUGGCUGUUGGAUCAGGCCAAAGGCCCACUUAGUCCAGCGUUCUGUUUUCUCAGUGGCCAAACAGGUAACCGGGAGUCCUGAAGCAGGACUUGAGUGCAACCUGAGUGCAGGUUAUUGUGGGGCAAUAACACACAUAACAUCUUCUGGAAAGGAGGGACUGAUGUUUGCCAGGACUGCAGCAGGAAUUGAGAGGGGCUUUGAGCAUUUCCUGCAGUCCUGAUGACAGCCACUUCUCAGAAAUAGAAGGAAAAGCUUCAAAUUCCCGCUUCACAUCUGCUGUGAUCCCUAUGGUUAUUUCUCCUAUGAUUAUGUCUGCAUAUUUAAAAUAUAUAUAUGCAUGCAUGUUAAAUUUAUUUAACUAGACUAGACUAAUCAACAGAGAAAAUUGAGAGAGCGCUCGAGUGCCAAAGGUGAUGCCCCACAUUUUAAAUUGUGCUCUCCAAUGCUGUAAGUGGGCAUAAUGAUUUGACUGGGAAUGUCAUUUAAGAUGCCCUCGUGGCUAUUCUUCAGUGCCAUGUUGGACUGCCUUGCCAGCUGCCCCUACUGGGAGCUCCACGUCCCCCAGAGAGAACCCAUUGUGACUGCAUACACAGCCAGCACUAAAAGAUAGGCCCGGAACAGUAGUUUGUCAAGCUUGUUUGCAAGAGAGAGCCAGUCGCCAUCCACUUUGGCAGCAACGCCUAGGGCACGAAAGUGGGAGCUGAUGGGGAGGAGUUCUCUUCGGAUCUUCUCCAUUGGGGGUGUGGCUGUCCCAGUGGCAUGGUCUUUUACAGAUGAGCCUUCCCAAGCCAAGGGUAUCCCUGCAGAAAGACAGAAGCACUUCAUCAUGUUGGAAGAAGGGAUGAAUGAGGGCUUGCUUCACUUUCAUUCCUAACCCAACCCCUUCUUACAACUCAGUCCUGGGCAGGCAUAGUUCCUUGUUGACCUCAUGCAUUGGACUGGAUGACCCUCGGAGUGCCUUCUAAGACUACAAUUCUAGAGUUUUACCUACAAAUCUAUGAGGUUUGUGCUUGGACAGUCCUUAAGAACAUAAGCAGAGCCGUGGGAGGUCAGACCAAUGAGCCCACCUAGUUCAGUCUUUCCCAGUCUGGUAUCCUCCAGAUAUUUUGGUGUAUAACUCCCAUCAGUCCGUGCUGCCUGGGGCUCAUGGGAUUCAUUGUCCAAAAUAUCUGGAUGAUACCAGGCUGGGAAACUCUGCUCUAGAUUCAAGCUGGUUCCCCACAGAUGCCUCCUAAAACCCUACAAGUAGGGCAGAGUGAAGGCACAGCCAUCCUUCAUCAUUGCUCCUCCACAGUGUUCAAGACGUAGGCUGCCUCUAAAGUUUCAAUAUAGGCACCAUGGCUAAUUGCUAUUGGUAGACCUAUUCUCUUUCUUGAAGUUGCUCCAUCCUCUUCUACAGUGGUACCUCUGGAUGCAAAUGGGAUCAAUUCCAGAGCCCCGUUCGCAUCCUGAAGAGAAUGCAACCUGCGUCUGCGUGUCGUGUCUGCAGGUGCGUGGGUCGCUGCUUCUGCACAUGCGUGUGAUGUCAUUUUGAGCAUCUGCACAUGCACGAGUGGUGAAACCCAGAAGUAACACGUUCCGUUACUUCUGGGUCGCCGCGGAGCGCAACCCGAAAACACUCAACCUGAAGCAACUUUAGCCUGAGGUAUGACUGUAAAGGCUAUUGCUCCAUCUUGUGGCAGUGAGUUCCACAAAUUAAUGAUGUAUUGUGUGAAGAAGGGCUUUUGUAUGCCUGUAAUCCAUCAACAGUUAGUGUUACGGGCUGACACACACAUCUUCUGCUCCGGUUCUAGUUUCGUGAGGUGUGGGUGGGAAGACCUAAUUUCUAUCCACUUUCUUAUAGUUUUAUAAACUCGUUUUCUGUCUCCUGUUACUUCUUGGCCUUCUGUACCUGCAGCAGUGCCAGCUUUUUCUCCUGCGCUCCUAGCUGCCUUGGCAUUUUCACCCACAGCGUCAACAGCAUUCCUGCAGCAGUAAGAAGCAAAGGGCUUAUCCCGUGUGCAGUCAUCACCCAAGUGGAGGAAUUUGAUGAGGAAGAUGGAUUUGGAUAGGCUGAGGACCAGCAGAGCCAUGCAGAUGGUGAAGAAGGCACCUGAGACGGGGGUAAGAGGAGGAGGAGAUACUUGUGAACCAUUGGGAUUGCUAUGAUCCAGCACACAGAGCCCAUAUUAAGGGACUUCUCCAAUGAGGAUGAUGACCACAAGCCAUAGGCACUUAUCCAGAGACUCUUGCAUUGCCCCAGAUCUAUCAGGUAUGGGGCGGGGAGUCAGUGAACUCAGUGAACUGGCUGAGGUGCUUUGUUCUCUGCACUACAGGGCAGCUAGCAAACCCAGCUGGCCAGCUCCUUGAUAACGGAAGCCUGGCCAGGUUAGCUGAUCCAGGGAGUCACAGGGAGCCCUGCUGCUCUUAUCUAACAGCUGCUUCAGGCUUGGCUCCCCAGCAACUCACCCAGAGAACCUGCUGCCCAGCCACCUGCCUGCCUUGGGCUAGGUUGGCACUGCUCCAUCACCAUUGGUUUACAACCUCAGUGAGAACUUUGAUGCCUGCUUUGCAUUCCUUGCUUCCUACUGUAUGCCCUCUAAAGGCUUGUACAGAAAAAGGACAGGCACACAAGAACACACACCUGAAGCAUUGUGGGAUACUUCCCAAGAGGGGCUGCCUGCGUUUUGAGACCCACUUUAGCCAAGGCUACUGCUGCAGAAAAGCUCAUUUGGCACCCAUGCAUUUUGCCUGCAGCAGAAGAUUGGUUUUCUGCUGUGACUUAUUUUGGUGCAAUCACAACCCGCUCCUGUUGUCCUGGUAAUAGUGCAGUGGCUGGAAGAAUGAGCUCUGUAUCUCCUGGUGCUCCAGUUAGAAUAUUGCCCCUGCUGGGUAAACCACAACCUCACUGCCUCAGUGCCUUCACCUGCAAUAUGGGCAUAAUACUAUACCUUUUCACAAUUACCCCAUUACACGUGUGAAACAAUACAAACCCUUGUGCUAUUAAGUUAUACUCAUAUUAGUGAUACCCUGUUUCCACUCACUGAUCAGAGAUGUGCCAAUCCCAGUGCUUGGCAGCUCAUCUGACAUGUUGACUUUGAAGAGAGUGUAACCAACCAGCACGCUGGUUUUGAAUGUUAUCCUUGUUCCAGAAUUCGGGGGCAGGUAGAAACUACCCAGGUCCACAACGAGCAGGAAGAUGCUGGGAAUCAGCAAGCUGACCACGUAGAGCAGGGGACGUCUGGUGAUAACAAUCUGGAGGAAUCAGAUGGAGAGAGAGGGCUGGCAAUUAAUGAAACUUCAGAGAUAAGGAAUUUAUACUGCCUCUGGGGCAGUGAUCUAUCUUUCUCUACUGUUCUGCCUCAGCUGACCCACUGGGCCACAAUGGUGACACCAGUUUCCUUAAGGGCAUAAGAGGCCCAUCAAGUUCACGUGCUUCUGGAAAGCCCGCUCCUGCUAUUGCUCCCUGGAGACUGAUAUCCAGGGACCUCUGAACUUGGUGCUUCUGUAUAAUAGCUGUUCCACUUGCUUUUAGUGCAGACAGUACAAGUCAGAUGUGGCAUCCAAAACAGAAAAGGCAGCUUGUUAUAAAUGUUUCCAAUUCAUGCUUUUCUGUACUAAAUUCAGUUGCUUACACAGAUAUGUCAAAGUUUGUGAUGGAGUCAUUCUAGAGAGUUCUGUUGACAAUUCUGCUGUUGUUGUUGCUGCAGCUGUUGUUACAUUUAUAUCCCUUCUUGUCUUGAACUGGAUCUCAAAGUGGUGUACAUAGUUAUCCUCAAAACAACCCUGUGAGGUAGGCUAGACUGAGAGAUUGGCCCAAGAUCACCAAUGAGCUUCAUGGCUGAGUGGGGGCUAGCAUUGUGGUCUGACACUUUAACUGCACUGGCUGGCCUAGGAAACAUGGGAGGGAGGAGAGAGCAAUGCUGACGUUGGUCACUAGCUAUCAGUUCCUUAUUUCAUUGAGAAUUUGAAAACCACAAAAUUAGAAAAUUUUGUGUUGAUUGAAAGCUUAUGUAGUGUCAAACUCACAAAUAAGCUUUGCUUGGCCCUAGACAGCAUCUUAAAAAGCAGAGACAUCACCUUGCCAACAAAGGUCCGUAUAGUUAAAGCUAUGGUUUUCCCAGUAGUGAUGUACGGAAGUGAGAGCUGGACCAUAAAGAAGGCUGAUUGCCAAAGAAUUGAUGCUUUUGAAUUAUGGUGUUGGAGGAGACUCUUGAGAGUCCCAUGGACUGCAAGAAGAUCAAACCUAUCCAUUCUGAGGAAAUCAGCCCUGAGUGCUCACUGGAAGGACAGAUCAUGAGGCUCCAAUACUUUGGCCACCUCAUGAGAAGAGAAGACUCCCUGGAAAAGACCCUGAUGUUGGGAAAGAUGGGGGGCACAAGGAGAAGGGGACAACAGAGGACGAGAUGGUUGGACAGUGUUCUCAAAGCUACCAACAUGAUUCUGACCAAACUGUGGGAGGCAGUGGAAGACAGGAGUGCCUGGCGUACUCUGGUCCAUGGGGUCACAAAGAGUCAGACAAGACUAAAUGACUAAACAACAACAACAUACUAUAUUCCUCCACAAGUGGGAGCCUGAUUCCUUUGAGAGGCACAAUUGUUUUCUCCAGUCAAAACCAUUGUGUCUGUCGAAUGCUCAGAAAUUUGAGAUGACAUCACACGGCGAUUUCAGAUGAGGACUGUGGGGUAUGAACCCUCAAUAGGAUUCGGGCCACCCUGCAUAAAACAUCCUCACCGGGAACUGGUAUUGGCCAAUGGCAGCAGCAUGUUCCUUCAGAAUCUUCAGCUCUUUUCUGGGCAGGGUUUUGUGGAGUUGUCCAUGGUCCUGAACUGCAACCUAUGAUUCUCUCAGCAACCAAAUCCUUCCCUUCCCAUCCUGUCUAACAGGCGAUGGAGCUCAUUGCCUUUAAAUUCCCUAGCACAAGGAAGGAAGCAAAAAGAGGAGAGCGCUUUCGAUUUAGUCGUGUUUGCCAUUAGACACCCUUCAGGUGCUAGCGAUAUUAUGCCACCAUUUCAUUAUCCAUUAACGCCAGGUAAUAAUAAUAAGUACACAAAAGGUAUUUGCAGCCCAUUGGCGCUAAUGAAGGGAAUCAAUCUCAUUCGGUGCCCAUUCAGCAGCUGCAGGCUGGAGAUGGAAUAUUAUCCAAGGUUAGGUGCCAACUGUCUUGCUGGCGGAGGACCCCACCAGCACUCAGUCUUGCCUAGCUGCCUUCAUGAGGCGAAUGGGGGCCGACAGUCAGACACAGCUUUGCAGCUGAAGCUGGCACCUUUCCCUUCUCAUUUAUUCAGCAAAGAAGCACCAGAUAACAGUAAGUUUGUAGAUUCUGUGCGAAGGUAGCAUUUCCUGUGCUGGAGUGAGGAGGGUUGAAAUGCUGAGUGUGUGUGCUGAAUUUGUAGUGAAUGUCCAUGUAUGGUAAUGGUAUGUGGUUUGUUUGUGCCAUGGCCACUGCAGACAUGUGACACUUGAAGUCAGUGCUGUAGCUAUGGGGGCUAGCUGGGUUUUUUGCCCUGGGUGAAGCCUCCAUUGAGGCUCUCAGCCUGUGUGUGUGUGUAUAAAUGUGCAUAGGUAAAGGUAAAGGGACCCCUGACCAUUAGGUCCAGUCAUAGCCAACUCUGGGGUUGCGGCGCUCAUCUCACUUUAUUGGCCGAGGGAGCCAUGUGGUCAGCAUGACUAAGCCGCUUCUGGCAAACCAGAGCAGCGCACGGAAACACCGUUUACCUUCCCGCCAGAGCGGUACCUAUUUAUCUACUUGUACUUUGCCAUGCUUUUGAACUGUUAGGUGGGCAGGAACAGGGACCAAGAAAUGGGAGCUCACCCCGUCGCGGGGAUGCGAACCGCCGACCUUCUGAUCAGCAAGUCCUAGGCUCUGUGGUUUAACCCACAGCGCCACCUGUGUCCCUUAUAAAUAGCGGGGUGCCAAACUGGGAGUUUGACCCGGGUGAAAUAAGGCCUCUGCAGCACAGUCAUCUAAAGAAGCAAACAGGAAGAGUGAAGAGGAGGAUGGAAGAAUCGGAAGACAGAAGCAGAAGAAGCAUGAAGAAAGAAGAACCAGGAAGAUCCUUACUAGGUGCAAACCAAAUUUCUCUUACUCCUAGCACUGAAUCACAUUACACGCUGAUUGGAAAUCUUGGGUUCCUAACAAUUAUCACAUCAUUGCUGAUUUCAAAGUAAAAAAAUGUAUUUUUACUCCACCCUGUACCCACAGGGCACUCAGAGCAGCUUCACAAUGUGAGGAUUAUUAUUUUUUAAUAAAAUGCAAAAGUGCCGUUUAAAAAACACAACUAUAAAUGAAUGAACAGCAACCAUCUAAACUACAAUACAAAAACCAGGCAACAGUAAGGCUGAAGGACCAGGUUUAGCCAGGAAGCCUUUGUGAACAAGAGAUGAGAACAAGAACGAGAGGACAUGGGGGCAUUAAAUGAUGCCAUUAAGGGAAGAGAAAGGCAGAAGAGAGGAUAGAGUGACCAGGUCACAAUGUUCCAGGUACUCACAUGAAACCGAAUCUGAGCAAUGCUCCCAGUCUGAGUUUGCAGGAUACGCCGCUCAGAGAGCACAGAGACCAACUCCCAUUCUCCAUCAUUUAGAAACAACUUCUGGUCACUCUUGAUCUCCUCAUAUCUCCUCCAAAAAGCAAGAUCCACAUCCUGAACUAAAAAGGAUGCAGUGGAAAAAAUGACAAAACUAUUAGUCAUGCACAUUUAAGAUCAAGUCCAGUGGUGAACAAAACGUUACGUUACAGCCUCACUGCACAUUUAAAGCACAUUGCAUCCCCAAAAGAUUCCUAGGAACUGUAGUUCACCCCCCACAGAAGUACAAUUCCUAGCCCUCUCUGAAAACUAAACUUCCCAGGAUUCUUUUCCAGUAAUGUGGAGAACUCAGAGGGAGCAAACAGAGUCAAGAAAUUAGUUCUCAUGACGGAGAGAAGCCAGUCUGUGGCUACCUAUCAUUCCAAGGUAUAUCUCCUUGCCCCUUCCCACUCAGAGCCAACUCUUGUCCUGCGAAGUAAGGCAAACAUGAAGCAAAAUAGAGGCAGCCUCUAUCCAACACAAGAGUCUAGUCUCCUAGUUAUUAGAAGAGCAAUCAAUCCUGCCCAAAAAACCUGUUUGGGGGCUUAGAUUCUCUCUGGUCAGUUGAGAGGCAUCUCAUCUGGUCUGACCAGACUCCCUGUAGUUCCUCCCUUUGGCCAGCACUGGAUGGUGGUGGUGUUAUAAAAGCAAUGAUAGAAACUGAGGAAGCGGCCUCAGACUAUUGGUUCAUCUAGCACAAUAUUGCCUAUACAGUGUUCUUCAACCUUGAGUCCCCAGAUGUUGGUAGCCAUGGGCUAAGCUAACUGGAGAUGAUGGGAGUUGUAGUCUAGCAACAUCUGGGGGCCCAAGGUUGAAUAAGUGGCUCUCCCAGUCCUACCUGGAGAUGCUGGGGGUUGAACCUGGGACCUUCUGCAUGCAAGGCAGGUGCUCUACCACUGAGCUACAGAUUUUCCCCCUAAUAACACCCAGUCCCUGGGUUCGGAAGUCCUGACUCACCUGUGUGCAAAGCACUGCUGAAAGUCAGGCUGCAGUUCUGUGUGUCAAAUGGGAAAGUGUACAUUUCCAGGAUGCAUGCGGACACCACCUGCAUGGGUUUGUAAUUCUUGAUCACACCACUGGCAUUCAAGUAGACAAAUGGGAGAUCUGGGGAUUUGCUGGCAUCCACGCUAUACCAGGAAGAGAGAGAGAGCAGAGGGACAGCCCAUGAUGUAUUGUACAUUACCAGGGAACACUAUUUCCAUUGCUAAAUAUUGCAUCUUUUGUUCAGGCAUGAGUGACAUUUGUAGCCUCAGAGCUUGGGAUAUAGGGAAUGGAACAACCCCCCUCUGAGUUACUCUAUUCAUUACUUCCCAAGUUCUGAGGCAAUAAAUGUCACUCAUGAGUUGUCAAAUGUCCCCUCUGAGUUGUUCCAUUCCCUUGAUCCUUUUGGUCCUUUCUUUCUUUCUUUCUUUCUUUCUUUCUUUCUUUCUCUUUCUCUUUCUCUUUCUCUUUCCCAUAUAUCUGCAGUAGGCCUCCAAGGCAGCUAAAACCAAUAAACCAUAUUUAUUACUAUAAUAUAAUAAAAUGCCACUGAAAAGCAACAAUAUCAAAACAUCUUCAGCUUAACAACUGCAGCCCGAGGUAAAACCUACUUAAAAGAAGUUUAUGAGACCCUGAGUCACCAUCAUCUCAAACCAACAAGGUCCACACUUACGAUUCACCAACAAUAAUAUCAGGAGCCCAGAUGCGGUGAAUGGGCAAAGAGAUUUCUUGGAUCCCAUCAUAACGACUGGAAUUCCAAGUGAGAUACUCAUCCUUCCAGAUCUGCAAAAGAGAGAAAGGAGCAUGUCUAGCUAUUUCUAAACUGUACUGAAGUCAAAUGUAUCACGAUGGAAGCUGAGAAGCAUCUGUUUGGUUUUUGGUUAGAGAAGUGGGGGAAAUGGGUGGGGGGUUGAAUUUAAAAGUGGGGGGGGAGGGAGAGAGGGCUACUUGGGUUAUUAGGGAGGUCUGGCUUACUAACAAUUAAGAGCAGGAGUACCACCUCAUACAGGAAGGAUAUGGAAGCUGUGGCCCUCCAGAUGGAGGGACACCAUCAGCCCCAGUCAGUAUCAUCUUACCUGCCGAUACCAAAUGCUUGUUGUCAGUUUUUGAUUCUGAGCAUCCUGGAAAGCAAAAAUAUGUAAAUUGUGCAAAUCAUGCAAACAACAACAAUCAUUAUGAUGGAAGACAGUGGAAUCAGGAAAUUAUCAUUGUUGCACAUUUGCCUAGAGAGUUAAACAGGUUUUGCCUAUUGUUAAACAGAACGUUUUCAUCUGGCUUCAAAUCAUCUCCAUCCCUGUCUCUCCCAUUGCAAAUUCAAAGAGUAUGACUUGCAUGGAUCCACUUAGGUGUUCUAGGGACAUGGCUCAAGAGCCCAGCUGGUGUUGGACAUGGGACCCAAGCCAUGCCAGAGCAGGGUGCAACUCUUUUGCCUCUGUCUGUCUCUGGUCAAAGGUGGGAACUGCAGGGAGACCAGCCUGAGAUUCUCUUAAGAGCAGUAGGUCAGAGCAGGUCAUAUGUUACUUUAUGGCUUUCCUACAGGAGGGAUAGAGAACCAGGGACCCUCUGGACAUUGUUAGACUCUAACUCAGGGGUCAGCCACAUGAGGCCCAUGGGCCACAAGCAGCCCAUGGGGUCAUUUAACCGGCCCAUGGACCCCUGCCGCCGGCUUGGUCGGCUCUUGUGCACCACACUAAACCGGUGCGGAGAAGAGUGGGGGCUGGAAGGAGCACCGGAAAUAGCGUUUGCACAUGUGUGCACACACACAAACACACACACACUGGUCCACUGCGGCGUCUGCAAGACCGUGAACCAGCCCAAGCCACAAAAACUUUGCCAACCCUUGCUCUAACUCCCAGCAUCCCCAGCAACUAGUGUGGUCAGAACUUGGGGAUGAUAGAAGUUGCAUCUGGAGGUCCACAUAUGUUCCUGAACCUUGUUCUGGGUUAGGAUUUUAUGCACGUUUAAGCAAUGAGGAAAGAGCUUUGCCUGUUUCUUGUGCUGGCUAGAAUUAUUCUGCCUUAUCUCAUCGCUGCCUUGCCCCAUCUCUAGAUUUGCAGGAGCUGCACCUGGAAUCCAGCUAAGAAAGAAAAAGGGGAACCAAUCAAUUUUGCCAAAUGGGCAACUCUCUGGAGGCCCAUCUCCAUCACUGUCUUCUCCUACACCUGGCUGACGCUGUUUUGUUGACCCUCAACUCUCAGGUACCCCCCUCUGUCUGCUGCUCCUUACAGUAAAUUACCAUUGACAAAAUGGCACACCGCUGCCGGCUGUUGACACUAUAAACGAAUCACCCAUCUCUCCCUCCCUACCACCCUAAUUAGUUACUCUGACAUUAAUCAGGUUGCUAAGAAUAAUGCAUAUUCUCUACAAAAGCGGGGCUUGAAAACUGGGCAGCGUUGAUUGCCUUCUUCUCUGGAAGGUUCACAGUUUGGAAGCAUCCCUUCCUAGCAAAGAGAAUAACAGAGAAAUAAUUGCAAGGGGGGGUGAGAGAGAUAUUUUGCCAUUGUGCUGGUGAAAUGGCCACCAUAUUCCAUGCAUGCUCGGGCCGAGAGGAAAGGGAGGGGGCAACUCAGAAAAUAUUUUGAAGUUUAAAAAUGGUAGUCCCACUUUCCAAGGAACCCUGCCACAGUCCACACACACUUAUAGCCUCACAAGCUGCAGGAUGCUUAUUCAAGGACACACUUCAGCCCUGCAGAACCACUCAAGGAGGGCAUGAAUGGGGCUGGUAAGGGGUGUGGCCCUAGGGAAAGAAGGGGCAGCUUGGGGAGAGAUCCUGAUGGCCAGACAGAGAGGGUUGGAGGGCUGGAUUUGGCUCGCAGGCCUGAGAUUCCCCACCCCUGAUUUAAGUCUUCUUAUGCAUACCCCCACAUUGUAUGAACAGCUAAUUCUUAUCCCCAUCUCUGCUUCCAGCACCUUUCCUGCUUAUCAGUGCUGUAUCAGCACUCUUUGCUUUGGGCAGCCCAUUGGCUGUUGACGUUCCCUCCAUCCCUAGUGCCAGAGUUGAGGGAGUUGGGGGGGGGAGUCAGAAAGUAAAACUUGACUCCCCUUCAGAGUUUUCCUCCAUGCCAGCUGGCCAAUAUAAUUGCUUCUCUCGUUGUGCCAUUUGAAACUAUUCCUUCCUCUCUCGCUUUGGGUGUACAUGUACGGAUCCCCUUCCAUCUUGCUUGUUAAAAGCAAAGGAUAUUUGGGAGAAUUGGAAUUCAUUAGUCUCCCUAACAUAGGAAGCCUACUUUAGUCUUAAAUUGGUGGUUAGCAAACAUGCAGAUAAUUCCUCCGCAUUCUUAUUUAUCUUUCCCCCAGUUCGGCAUCCUGUUGUAACAGCUGCCUCGGCGUCUGUCUGGGAGGCUCUAAGUCAGUGGAGUGGAAGACGGAGGUGCGUGGAAUUCGGCACUGACGAAACUCAAUCUAAACAAAUUGGAGCUCUUUCUCCGUUGACUAGAUUAUCGGUCUAAUCAGAUUUCCCCAAGGCCCUCCUAAUAACUGGAGAGUCUCAGACUGCUCCCCGCCUUUUAUGUGCGCGGAACAGGAGGCAAAAGAUCAACAAAAGGAGUCGCAGGCGACAGGGAAGAUGGGGUGGGAGCACUUUGCGUGCUGCAAUGCCUGCCGAAUGGCUCCUCUAUUAGCGUGCACACCUGCCGAGGCCUGGGAGGCAUCGAGCGUUCUUGCAGAGCCAACGGCAGCGUCUGACAACGGUGAUUACACAGCCAAAUCUCUCCUCUGAUCACCGGGGGGUACAAAUACGGUCGCCAUCCGCGUAAGUUGAUCGUACAAAACAAAAUGAGCAAAGUCAGUCCCUUGCAAGCUCUGGGCCUUGUUGAGCCACUGUGCUUUCCAUCUUAUGGGCAUGGGAACCUGCCUGAUAUGGAGCCAGACAAAAGCGAAGUCUGCCUAGCUCAGUACAGUGGUAGCCUCUGAAGUCGAAAGGAAUUCGUUCCGGAAGUCCGUUCGACUUCCAAAACGUUCGGAAACCAAAGCCAGUGGCAGAGGAGUCCUCUCCGGCAACCAGGGCAGAAUGCAGAGGGGUGGGGCAAACCACCCAGUGGCGCACGCACGGCGACUGUACGGACUGCGUAUGUGCGGCAUCCAGUACAGAGUGUGCAUGCGCGGCAGCCCAUACAGUCGCAGUGCGAGAGGCAGCCCGUACAGACACCCGUAUGGACAGUGCACAAGAGCGGCAGCCCGUACAGUCACCGUGUGAGAGCAGCAGCCCAUAUGGACACUGUGUGAGCGGCGCCCAUACGGACUGCAUGCACCCUCAGCUGCUCUUCAGCUGGGGGGAGGCGGGGGCCAUCUUGUCACUCCCCAGAGUGGCACCCGGGGUGGCCUGCCCCCUCCACACCCCGCUUUGUAUGGCCCUGACCGAAGCAUGGCUUCUGAUUGGCUUCAGGAAGCUCCAUCAGACGUUUGGGUUCCAAAGAACAUUCACAAACCAGAACACUCAUUUCCGGGUUUAGGAGCCAAAACGUGUGAGUACCAAGGCAUUUGGGAUCCAAGGUACGACUGUAUUGUCACUUCUGACAGGUAGUGAUUCUCCAGAGUUUCAGGCAGGAGGCUCUUCCGGUUCCAGCUGGAGGUGCUAGGGACUGAGUUCAGGACCUUCAGCAUGCUAGGCAGAUUCUCUACCACUGGGCUCCAGCCCUUCCCUCUUACAUAGUGGUCAGGGGGUUGAAGACCCCUUACUAUUGCUGCAGCAGAGUCCCAGCCUCCAACAACUCAAUCAGUAUGAAAGGGGAGCUUUUUAGCAACUAUCCACUCCAGAGAUAAGCAUUUAGGAACACUGAAAAAGCAACGUGCUUCAGUUUCUAGAGAAUGGUGGGCAAAUUCUAUUAUGUAUGAUGAAACUUCUCGGAAAGUCACUCCAGAAGGACAACUUGAGUCACUCCAGAAGGAGAUAUUGGAGCACUCCAAAUCAUUUGCCCAGGUAUGUGCACAGAAAACAGUAUAUCUAGCUUUCAGAAAGGAGGAGAGCUUAAAAGCUCUUUCCAUGGCAGGAAAACCUGGUGUGGAAAGGUCUCUCUGCCUUGCUUACCAGGCUCUGGGAAGAUCUUGCAUAGCCUCUGGAGGCCAUGAAAUCUCGGAUGGCCCUGUAAGAUCUUGCAAAGAUGAUGCCAGACUUUCCCAGAACUCAGUAAGCAAGUCUGAGAGCUUAAAAGCUCUUUCCACACUGGGAAAACCUGGCACAGAAAGAGCUUUCAAGCCCUCAGACUUGCAUGGGUUUAAUUUGCAUGAUUGCAUGCUGGCCAGCCAACAAAUGCCUAAAGCUGCAAUCGGGCAAGUUAAACACAUGCAAGCUGCGAGUCAGCUGUACAUGCAUUUUUGCACACAUUACUUAGCCAGAGGCCAGCACUGCAAAGUUUGAAUUCUGAAAGAUGGUUUUGUUUUAGUUUGUGUGUUGUUUUGCAAAGUUCCUUUCCGGGUAGGUUUGCCUUUAAAAUGUUGACUGAAUCAAUUCCCUGCUCUCUGGAAGUGCUGCAAUAUUCUUCUGCAGAUCUUCCAAAAUUGCUGUUGCAGACAGGUAAUAAUUACAGGGUUCGAUUUAAUGCAAAGCUACUUGCACCCAACCCACAUUUAGACCUCAAUGACUACAGAAGCACAUCACACAUGGGCUCUAGCCCCUGUUUAAAGGUGUUCCCCUUGCAGAGACUUCAUUGCUAUUCUACCCUGCAGGUCAACAGCUUUAAAUGAGCUAGAAGCUCUCUUUACCACGUCCAGUACUGCAUGCACAAAGAGGUCAAGAUAGACGAUGGUGGGCUUGCUCCAAUUUCUGACAGGCCUCACUCCCUUGCUGUACUUCUUCAGAAGCCGCCGGGUCAAGCGGUGCAGUGUGGAGUUCCUGGGUCGCUGAGUGGCGGCAGCCAAAGUACCUGGCAAGCAAAGAGACUCAGGUAAUUGAGUGUGAUGGGAACAUGACAAAAAGCUGACAACACUUUCUUGAGAAGGGCUGUUCUUCCUGAAGCGCUUGAACCCUUCAGGAUGGGACAAAGAGCCUAACAGAGAGGUAUUAACUUAAAGCCUGGAGUGGGCCAGCUGGCACGUGGAGUACCACCUCUGUUGAAGUAAGGGUAGCAAAAAUGCAGCCAAUUAUAAGGCAAAUCUAAAAAAAUGUAGUAUAAACACUGGCAACUGGGAAACACGGGCCUGUGAGUGCUCCAGCCUUUACCAAAGGUGUCGUGGGCUUUGAAAACACUUGAACUCAGGAUGAAAGGGAGAAACAUGCUAAGAGGAAGGCCCACUUGGAAAACCCUCACCAUGAUCAACUCCUGCCUAGAAAUCCAUGUCCCUACUGUGGAAGGAUGUGUGGAUUCAGAAUUGGCCUUCACAUUUUUUAAGAUUUGCCUUGAGAGAGUCCUUAAACCUCUUUUGUUGACCAACAGCAUUACACGUUCCAUUUUUAACUUCGGAAUAGAGUAGUUGCUUUGGAAGAUGGUAUUCAGGCAACUACACAACAUGACCAGUCCAACGAAGUUGAUGUUGAAGAAUCAUUCAUCCUCACCACCACCAUAUCUGUAACCAAGGCUGUGAUCCUGUGUAUACUUAGGGAUUUGGAUAUUAUAAAUUCCCAGUGAACACAAUGGAACUUGCUUCUGCACAAAUAUACUUUGAAUCAGGCUGUGUGAUCCUUAAGGCUUCUGUCCCUACCAGGGGAAGCAGAAGGAGUAAAGCUCAAUCUGCUAAUUGGAUACAUUUGGCAUCAGUUGUCAGGUACAGAGGUUGCCUGUGGUUAGGAAAGAGAGUGGUGUUGGUUUGGCCUUUGCACUGCUUCUGCCUUUCUUCUCUGACAGCUCAUGUCACACGACAGCCAGCCUACUGCCUUUCACCAAGCUCUGAAGUCACUUUAAUUUUUAAGAUAAUAGACUAUGUGUUUCCAGUUAAUGUGCUUUUUCUUUUCAUUCAGUGUUCUGCAGAUCUCAUUCAUGAAUCUAGACCACAGAAGUGAAUGUGGAAUAGGAAUUAGCGAACCCCGUGGCGCCUCCGGAAAAUGGCGGAAUUCCCUUCGGAUUGAAGGGAACCCGCUGCACGGAGGCUUGGGUCCUGCCGCUACGGCGCAGCGGGGACCCGCAAAAACCACAGGCGGAAGAAGCCUGUGGACGUGGGACUCGGCGGGCACCGAGAGCGCUCUCUCCCUUGUACAGGAGCCCGGUAACGGGCUCCGGAGUGGAGGUGCGUGGUGCUGUGAGUCGACUGCUUCCUCCCGUGCAGCAAAGCCGCACUGCCGUUAUCGGAGAGCGCUGCCUUUUUCCUGGACAAUUUGGCAUCUAAAAUAUCUAUCCGUGAGUACCUGAUCUUGGAAGAGUUGAACCACUUUUAAGACUGGUGAAUAAACAAAUAAUAUUGGACUUGAAAUUGAACUUAAUUGGGACUCGGAAUGGGAAGGUCUAAACAGGAAGUCGCCUUCCGUUCUUUUGUUAUGUGAAGAAAGCAAAGACAAAAUAUACUAAAGCUUGAAAAUUAAAUUCUAAGAGAACUAGAAUUCAACAUCUAAGAUUUCUGAACCCCCUUUGACUGCAGGAGAAGAAGGGGGUUGUAUUUGGACUUUUCAAUCCUGCGGAAGUGAGUUUAAAAUAAAGCAAUUUUCCACCGCCCUGAACCAGGAGCGGGCUGUCAGAAUUGACGUUCUGAAGUUUAUCCAGCUCGACAGUUAGUUAAAAGAAGGGUAACAUUUUGAUUCUACUGUUGCCUCUUGAAUUUGGAAGGGGAAUUUUGGAUAAAGUGUUUCUGGAAAAAGAAAGAUUGUUGCUGUUGCUUUUAUUCCUUUAAAAAAAAAAAAUUCCAUCUAGUGGAAUUUAGUGAAAUUGCAACGCAGAGAGAUUAAAAGAGAAGGACUAUUGGACUAUUGUCGUGGGAAAGAAUUUUCUUUGACCUUGAAGGACAAUGCUAGUACAAAGGCUUGAACAAUUGUUCCUGGAAGGUUUUUCAAAACUAAGUGCCCAGCUGGACCAGAUGCGUCAGGAGACGACCUUGAUGAUGGAAGUUACCAGAGCACAGCAGCAAACAAAUGAAAUUCAGUUAAAGGCUAUACAAGCAUAUGAACCUGCUGUAGUGACGGAGGCUUCAGAGAUGGAGGGACCUUUGGACGGGCAAGAUCAGCCUUUGAACUUGAUAAAUGAACUUGGGACAAACCAGAUUCGGAAAGAUGAAAUGUGGUCAGAUUUGGAAAUGGGGGAUGGAUCGACCCCCUCCAUAUGGUUAUUUGGACCUUCCGAGUCUGGUGAUGGGCUAUCAGAGGAUUGGAGUAGCCGAAGUCUCCAAGCUUUGUGGAAAUUUGAAGUGGUAUUAUUUGCUGUCUGGCUUGGGCAAUGGGUUUGGGAUGGACUUGCUGCAAAGGGUCAAAAGCAUUUUCUUGCUGGAGCAUCCACGACUGGAAAGGAAUCAUCAACAAGAGUGGCGAAAGGGGCAAGAAAGAGACUUGAGGGCCUCGGAUACGAGACAACCAGGUUAAGGAGCCGGAUUAUCGAGGUUAAAAGGACUGACAAUCCCGGGUCCAGGGGAGGGGAGGUUGGAAGCUGACUGGACUGAAUUUGACUUAUUAUUUUUUCUUUUUUCUUUUUUAAUAUUGGGAAUGCUUAUAAAUGUUUGAAGGAUGUUGAAUGAAAUUACAUGGCUUAAGUAAGGAUUGGUAAAUGAUUCGUAAAAAGGUAAUGAUGCAAGAAUUUGGUAAAUAUUGAAUAUAAGCUAUGAGUUUUAAAGUUUUUAUAUGACAAGAGGGAAAAUAGAAUAAGGAAACGUAAUGACAGAUUGUUAUGAAAAAACAGAAAGGAUUUGCUGUAAAAAUUAAAAAUUAAGAAACAAAAGAGGGGAGGAGGAGGAAGUUUAGAAAGGAAGUCAAUAGAGAUUGUAAAGGACUUUAUAUUUUUGUUUUUCUGUUUCUCUUUUUUUUUCUUUGCGGCUGGGUUCUUUUUUCUUUUUUGUUUAUGUACUAUUUUUGUUUUUUGUAUCCUCAAAUUUUUUUUGGAAAUUUUUGUUGUUAUUCUUUGAAAAUUUAAUAAAUAUUAAUUAUAGGAAUUAGCGAACCCCGAAAGCCACAUGGUUUGGGAGCUGAUGAGAUUGUGCCUGAUCCUGUACUCAGAUAAUUUAGUUCUCUCUCUCUCUCUCUCUCUCUCUCUCUCUCUCACACACACACACACACACACACACUCCAACCCACCCACCCUUUCCCCCAUAUGAGAAGCUUCUUUACUGGAACAAAAAAAUAAAAUCUGUUUGCAUAGCAGGAGAGAAAAAGAGCCAGGGAUGCGGGAGCAUUGGGGCGGGGGGGGGGGAGAGAGGGAGAUACGGAGACCCAAAAUUGCAUGUGACACAUUCCUGAGUGGCCCCUCAGAAAUGCAAAAAGAUUCUCUCCCCCGCCCCCUGCUCACUGUUCCAGCUGGCCCUUGGGGAGCUCAGCCUCACCAACUCAUUGGGCUGAAGCAAAUUGGCAACGUGUGUGAGCAAAAUCUAAUCUGCAGGGUCCGAGAUGUACGCUUUCUCCCGCUUGCCGGGCCUCUGAUAGCUGUUUUGAUGAGCUGCUGAAGGGACCAGAGUUCCAGCAGGAAACUGUAAAUGAGAUGUCCUCUCUCAGCACGCUGAGGCUGCUUAUGUCCAUUUUUUAUGAAGGAUGCCAUGUCAGGAGCUGGGCUGGGAAGCGAUCCCUAUCUUUGAUCAAUGUCACAGCAACAAGAAUGUUACGGACAGGGCUGCAGGUGUGUUAUCCUCAGCAGAGCCUGCGGAAUAGCAAGCCCUGGUUUCAUCUCAGCCAGGAGGCAAAAGCAUAUUUCCUUCCUUAACUGGAAUCAGAAUGCUAAAAGGAAUGUUUUAAAGGGGAAACUGGAAUCAAAGCGGCCUGAAGAAUAAAUUUAGUUUCUAAACUCAGGGAAUAUACCUUAGAACAGGCAUGUCCAACAGGUAGAUUGUGAUCUACUGGUAGAUGGCGGGGUGUUCCUGGUAGAUCCUGGUAGAUCUCUGGCCCCUUAGUGAUCCCUCCUCAAAAAAAAUGCUCAACAACUUUGGCUUUCCCAAAAAAGCUCAACUCUGGCUUCCUAAAAGAAGCUCAACAAAUUUGCCUUUCCAAAACAAGAUCAACAACCUCAACAACUCUGGUAGAUCACUGCCAGUUUUUUUAUACUGUGAGUAGAUUGCAGUCUAUUAGGAGCUGGAUGUCCCUGCCCCAGAAAUAUGGUUUGUGUUCUUGUUAAAGACUUGGUUGGGGGAUAUGGUUAGAGUACAGACUAGGAUGAGGGAAACCGGGGUCAAAUCCCCACUCAGCCAUGAAGCUCACUGGCUGACCUUGGGCCUGUGUUCGUUAGAGAAAGAGGUAUGAUAUAAAUGCAUGGAUCAAUAAAUAAAUGUGUCAGCUGUUAAGAGAGCAGGUGCUCAAAGUGCCAAAAUAUUUUAUUAUGCACAACAUGUUUCAGAAUUAUGAGCUUGCUUCAUUAGUGGCUGUGCUUCUCAUCACCAACCUGUAAAUAUAAACACCUGUGGCUUUCACCUUUGCCAUUUUAUACAGCAUCUGUUGAUUGAUUUCAUAAAAUUCAAAAACGACUUGAUUAUAAGAAACCUCAAAGUGGUUCACAAAAGAUAAAACAGUAAAAAAAAAUUGUAACCUUACUUUAAAGUACCCAAAACUUAAAAUACGAAAACAGAUUAAAAUUACCUCAACUUUCUAAGCAUCUGUGUAGGCUUGUUGAAACAGAAAUGUUUUCAGGAGGCACUGAAAAGAGUACAGUGGAACCUCGGGUUGCGAACGUGAUCCGUGCGGGAGGCACGUUCGCAACCCGCAGCGCUGAGUCUGCACACACGUGUGACGUGAUUCGGCGCUUCUGCACACAGUGCCGAAACCCAGAAGGUAACCCAUUCCGGUACUUCCAGGUUUCAGCACGUCCAUAACCUGAAAACGUGUAACCCAAAGCGUCUGUAACCCAAGGUACCACUGUACAGUGAAGGCACCUGCUUAAUCUCAAUAAGCAGUGAAUCCCAAAUAUGCACACAUUACGAAUUGCAGUAGUCUUAACUUGGAAGCUGUCAGAUGUCUCUGCCCAGGAAUGGCUGUAGCAGCUGACUAUCAGGCUGCUGCCAGUGACUCCCAUGGCCGGUUUCCCAGGAAUGUACAAAGACAAGGAAAUGUUUCUUACCACUCACUUUUUAUUCAGUAUUUACAGAGAGAGGCUAUAGAACCCAGCCUCUUGGAUUGUCCCGAGUGACUCUCCACCCCCCGUCUCUUCCACUUCCUCUUUCGUCACUUCUAUGGGUGCUGCUACGUGCCUUUUGCCUUUGAGCUCUCUGCUCUCCUACUUUCAAGGCUCACCAGGUUCUGGGAGAGGGGGGAUCUGGAAUGCUUUCUAAAGACACUGAGUCCAUCAGCUAUCGCCCCCUUGGUGCUCCUUCUUCCUCCUCCUCCUCUCCCAUGAUUUCCCAGCUUUCCUCCUCAUCUGCCUCUGAGCUGUGACCUCCCUCAAACCCCUGUAGUAAUUCUAAACUGUCUUCCCUUUCCUCCUCCCUGGAAGGGUCAAGCUGGGGAGGCAGUCUCCACCAUUUCUCCUCUGCCCAGUCCCUGACACGGACACACCAGUCUCAUCUGGUAAAAGGCACUCUACCACACCUGGGCCUCUAUGACAAAGCUGGGUUGAGGAGGACCCCACAUUGUGAACCUGAUCUUUUGGGACAGUUGUUCCAAAACUCUUCCCAUCAUGGACCAGCAGAAAAUUCCUGAGGAUCUUGGAGAACCACUUAAAGAUUUUUUUGCCCACCGUAGCAAUUGGAGAGCACUGUGCUAAACGAUGUGUGCUUUUUAAUUGUGCUUUUGCGGACACAGACCACCCGACUGAAGCUCACGGACCACCAAGGGUUCACAGACCAGUUUGGGAAGUCCUGCUUUGGGGCACAGAUGGGGAAUCUGUGGCCCUCCAUAUCUUGUUGGACCACAGCUCCUAUCACUCCUGCCCACUGGCCAGGCUGGCUGGGGCAGAUGGGAGAUGGAACCUACCAACAUCUAGAAGGCUACGGCUUCCCCAUCCCUGCUUUGGGGUAAGUGCAGCCCCAUUCAUAAAUACGGCUGCCCCAUUCAUAAAAUCUGCAUCAAGCAGAUUUUUAAGCUUGAUGCAAUCCCAAAAACAGUGCAAUGUGUGGAAGUCCUGCUGAAGACUCAACGCCCGCUGGCCUGUGUCCAAAAUGGAACCAGGUUAGAGACUUUAACCUGCUACACCGAUUCAGAAGUCAAAACCGGACGUUUCCAUGGGGACAGCAAUGCUCGAUGGAGUUAAUGAUGGUGCUAAAAAUAAGCCUAAUAAUGAUCAAUUGUCGGCUGUGGCGCAAUAUCGUUGCGAGCUUUGUGCCCACCUGUCCCCAUUGUGGCUACCACCAAGGAACGUGAUGCUUCUGGGCUGCGUUCCAGCAAGAACUGUGGAAACAAGCAACGUGCUUGAGCUAAUGUCAGGGACAGAGACGGCUCUCAUCAUUAGCAGCUGCACAUUUCCUUCGGCAGCCUGGAAGCGUUGCAAAUGAGGCUCCUAAAACUCAACUGUCAACGGAGCUAAACGAAUAGACGUUGUUGAUAAUAACAACAUCUCCCCGGUGUAGGAGCACACAGGGAAGUAAGGUUGAAGUGGCCACAUUUCAAAGCUGCAAAGUAUCUUUUGGGUAUUAGCCCCCUGUAGCAAACAUUCACGUGCUUUAAUCCUACCCUCUGGGAGUGUCAGAAACAUUCCUCGCCAGUUUGGCCGCAGCUUGGGAGUUUUGUGCUGCUUCGGUGAGACUCUGGGUUGUGAUAGAGAGAGACCACCAGAAGUGUGACGCAAUCAAGGGAAGGGAGCCGCUUACACAAGACCAUAGCAUCACUGGAGCAACUCAGAGAGGGAGAAAUACUUGCUCCUCAUCAAGAACCAGGAAUGUCCGCUUGGCUUCUCAGUACAUUGGCUCCCAGUACGUUUCUGAGCACAAUUCAAAGUGAUGGUGUUGACCUUUAAAGCCCUAAACGGCGUCGGCCCAGUAUACCUGAAGGAGCAUCUCCACCCCCAUCGUUCUGCCCGGACGCUGAGGUCCAGCGCCGAGGGCCUUCUGGCGGCUCCCUCAUUGCGAGAAGGAAAGCUACAGGGAACCAGACAGAGGGCCUUCUCAGUAGUGGUGUCCGCCCGGUGGAACGCCCAUCAAAUGUCAAAGCGAUAAACAACUACCUGACAUUCAGAAGACAUCUUAAGGCAGCCCUGUUCAGGGAAGUUUUUAAUGUGUGACAUUUUAGUGUAUUUUUGGUCUCUGUGGAAGCCGCCCAGAGUGGCUGGGGAAACCCAGCCAGAUGGGCGGGGUACAAAUAAAUUAUUAUUAUUAUUAUUAUUACUAUUAUCCUUGAGAUUUUAUUUAUUUCAUAAAAUUUAUACACUUGACAGGGGACGGGGAACCUCAAAGUGGUUUACAGAUAGAAUAAAAAGAUAAAAUUGUAAGCAAGAAGAAUUAGCAACAAUAAUUUAAGACUUUCGAAAAGUUAAAAUAACAAUAAACUAAAAGCAGAUUAAAGCUUGCCUCAGCUUUCUAAAGAUCGGAUCAGGCUUGUCUAAACAAAAAAGUUUCAUCAGGUGCUGAAAAGUGUGCAGCAAAGAUGCCUGCCUGAUAUCAUUAGGCAGGGAGUUCCAAAGGGUAUGUGCUGCCCCACUAAAAGACUGAGUUCUUACAAAUGCAGAAUGAGUGUUACGUGACACCUGUAACCCUACCAAUUCUACCAAUCAAAGCAGUCAAAAGGGAGUAUAUGGAGUAAGGCCAUCUUGUAGGUGCCUGAGACACAAACUAGAUUUAAUGAACACUCAUUUCAGAGUGCUUUGUAAACUGAUAGUCAUAGCCUCUUAUAUACUAACAUUUUAUGCUCUUCCACUUCCAUUUAGUGCGCCUAACCCUUCUUUUAGAUUCUUAUAGUACCUUCUGUUUUAAUAAUUUUAGCUCUUCAAAAUGUUUUACAGAUUUUAAAUGAUUGUACCCCACCCUAUUGAUGCUAGUCUAUGACCGUAAUAAAGAUUUGAUGAUGAAUCUUGAAGAUAAACUGGUCCCAAGUUGUUAAGGGUUUUAUAUACUAACACCCAGUGCUAUUUUUCUAGAAAAAGAAGUGCCAGAACUCACUAUGAACACCUCCCUUGUUCUCUUCUAAUGGCAAUGGCGCCCACCUGAGAGGUGCCGGAACUGAGUUCCAGUGAGUUCUGGCUGUAAAAAAGAGCCCUGGUAACACCUUGAACUUUGCCCAGUUCCAAAUAGACAACCAGUGCAGGUCUCUGAGCACAGGUGUAAUAUGCUGACAAGGCCUCACUCCCAUCAGCAGUCGUGGAGAAUCACUCUGCACUAACUGCAGCUUCUGGAUCAAGCACAAGGAAAGCCCCACAGUAAUCUAGUCAAGAAGUAACCAACGUAUGAACUACUGUGGCCAGCCUUUCCUGGGUAACUGUAUUCUGCACCCAUGACUCCCAGUUGCCUCUGUUUUGUGCAAAAUCAUAGGUUCACACACACAGAAUGUCCUGACUAUAAUAGUCUUGCACAUAGAGAAUUUCCUUCCCUAAAGGGGUUGAAAUCCAGCAUCUCUGCACUCAUUCCACCUCCUGCAAAUAUGUGCAAGGCAUGAGUCCUGCUUUUGUGCAUGCACAAAAAUCAUGGGGGCAAACCUUCUCAUAGGCUGUGCCACUUCAGACUGCAGGGGGAAGCUGGCAGUUUCAGAUGCCCCCAUAAAGAAAACAAUCACCCUGCUUGUAUUGGUUUGUUUGCUUACUUGUAGCAUUUGUACGGCUGCCCAUCAUUCCCUGAAUGGCUCACAAGCAAAAAGCCAGGAAAUGCAAGAUGAAACUAUCAAGAUUUUAAAUAUAAAACCCAGCAAAUGGCAGCAUAAAUAUUUGAUCAGCAGAGAAGAGUAAAAAAAAAACAGUUCUGCAGCAGAAGCAACGGUAACAUGGCGGUAAAGAGGGGAUUACAAGUGAGAUAUUAAAAUCACAAUUUUAAAAGUCCGGAGAGAACAACACCAAAAAGUAUUCAAGAGGCACUCACGAGGCCAAAAUGUAAGCUCAAAGCGAGCCUCAUGGGAGCGGAAUAAGGGCAGAUGGAUUUUACGACCAUCAAAAAUGUCUUCUCCUUUGGGUGACUGCUCCAUCACCAAGAAAAGAACAAUGCACAUCACUUUAAAAAGAGGACUAAAAGGGGACACUGAUUUGCACGUAAAAAUUUUACAUAGACUAAGUUAUAUGUAUAGAUGUGCAUUUGGAGACAAUUACUCUAGCUUUAAUAGAAAUACAGUAUAUCUCCCCUCAGUGGGGAAGACAUGGGGCAGGUAGCCUGUGUUUAUGCUCAGUUUGCUGUCCAGGUGCUGAAAUUUGUUGACAGGCAACUUCUAAUUGCCCCCUUGCUCUUGUUCCAUAGAAUUCUUUAAACUGGGUAGCCCAUCAAAUAGAGAACUGUCUUCUGUGCAGCAAAACACGUGGCCACCCUACCUUGGUAGCCACCUGUUGCACCCCACUUGACAGGACACUCAGAGUAGGGCCUGGGAAAUGGAUCUUGAGUUUCAGGUGGAGGUCUCUAUGGGAGAAGACGAUCUUUCAGGCACCCCAAUGCCAUGAAGGCUUUAAAGGUGAGAAACAGCAGCUUGAACUGGGUCUGCAGAUGGACUGGGAGCCAGCGCAGCUGACAAAGCACAGAAGUCAUGUGAUCAAAUCACCCAAUCCCCGCUGUAUUAUGGACCAAGUGCAGUUCAGAUACAUGUAAAAUCCGGCAUGUUUGAAAGAAGUGCUCUCACCAGCAACCAAAUUUUCUGCUUGCUUCUACACCUCCCCCCCAAAUAGCACUAAAGCAUGCAAAGUGCUACAUUCCAGGUCAAGCAUUAUUGCCACCUGAUUUUGCUGCAUGUUUGAACAGGGGCCUUAGUGGCUAUAACAUCAAGGAGAAUUCCACCUCAUUAUUACCUUUCAGGGUGGACUUCUGGCUAGCCUGCUGGUUCCUUUUCUAGAUCACUGGUUGUUUUGUGUGUAUUUUAACCUCUUGCAUUAGCUGACACAAACCACCCUGAACUGUGAAAAGGUGGCUCAGAAGCGUGCUAAAUGAAUAACUUAUGACUCGCAUACUUGACUGCUCAGGUGUUCAGCUGAGAGUCAUCACCAAGUGCUAAGUUACUGAGCAAGGAGUGUGAGUGUAUGAAUUGACCCAGUGAUCAAAUCUUCCCUUCCCUUCCACUCUCUCCCCAAGUACUGAAGUCAAAACUGUAGCCUCCUCAGGGCAAGGACCUGCUUAGGUUGCCCUGAAAGAUGCCAUGUAUACAGAUGGCAAUGUAAUAAUAACAUACCUGAAAUCUUACCUGAAACAAAAAUGAGGAGCAGGAAUACCUUCAUCAUCAUCAUAGCUACCACCUGGUAACUGACAGAAUCUGAUUUUUCCCAGGAAAGGACUGAUUUUCCAGCAUCUCAUCAGAGGAGCAUACAAUUCUUAAGCAGGAAGUUCACCUUCUCUCUUCUUGUCCGUUUCUUCAUUGCACAUCAAUGAAAUGUCCAGCACCACCGGUAUUUCAAGCUCUGAAAGCCUUUCUGCGCUCCCACGAGAUCUAACACUCGCCACCUCUUCUGCUUGGGAAAGUGAUCACAGACAGCAUUUUAAUUCCGCUGACGUGCUGGUGCUAAGUGGCUGAUGGCAAUUGGUCUGGAGAUGGAGAGUUGAGGUUGUGGGGGGUAAGAAAUCCUACUCCUAACAGGAUUUCGCAGAAUGCUUUUACCUGGGAAGCUGCCUUAUGCGACGGUCUUUGCAAUAAUAAUAAUAGCAUCCCAAAUAGAUCCUCUGCAUCAGACUUAUGCACUGGCAUCUCUGGCAUUGACAGCAAUUAACCUCACUGUCUUGAAUUACCUCGGGUAAUGGAAGCUUUCUAUUGUCUAAUGAAGAACAAUCACUAACACCAUAAGCCAAGGAGGAGGGAGGCUGGUGUUGGGAGAUCCAGACUGCAUGUCAUCUUCUCGUCUCAGCUCCCUUUAAUUAAAAGACAUGCUGUGCUGUGAUGGAUGGGAGAACUUAACAGCCUCAUCUCAGAAGGGAAAGGAAAGCCCUCUUUUCAAGCAAGGUUAUUCCAGGGGACCUGUCCUCUACCGGACUGGCACUGAGGUGUUGGCAAACACUUUUUUAAAACAAGGGCAAUGUUUUAGAGGGAGCCAGUGCCUUGGCAAGCAAUUCAAAGGGGCACCAUCUAUUGCCUCUCUUCCCAUGUGUACCAAUAUAGGAGCAAAAGACUCUUUAACACACACACCCUUUCCACUUUGAUGGACCAACUCUUCCUUCUUAUCCACUCAUUUCACUUACAUUCUUACAAAUGGGGAUGACCAUUUUAAUUAAUUUUAUUGCCCACCCUCCACCAGUAAGUCCCAGGACAGGUUACAACAAUUUAAUAUUGUUUUUGAAAUUGUUUUUAUUUGAUUUUACAAGUGUAAAGUUAUAACAAUACCAGGUACACAUCCAUAUAUAUUUAUCUGAAUCUUGAGACUUCUCACCUUCUCCUCCAUGGGUCCUGUUGUCAACAUUUUCAACUGCAUACUAUUUCAUAAUCUAUAUUUUGUAUCUGACCGUAUUGUCUGUAACAUUUGUUACAUUUGCAAGCGUUAUUAAAAUCCUGCUAAAGUUUUUAUCUGCUUACAGUGCUCUCCUAAAUAAAUUAUAAAUUUUCCCAUUCUUUCUUGAAGUUUUUGUCUUCUUGGUUCCUGAGCUUUCUGGUCAGCUUUGCCUUUUGAGCAUAGCCCACAGCUUGUUUUGCCAUUCCUCUCUGGUAGAGACUCCUUCUUUCCAUCUCUGGGCUAGUAGAAUCCAUGUGGCUGUUGUCACAUACAUAAAAAGUCUUUUCUGCUCCUCAGGGAUGUUGGCACCUACAAUUCCUAAUAAAAAAAGCUUCUUUUUUUUACAGAAGUUAUUUUAAACAUUUUUUUUCCAAUUCAUUAUAUAUCAUUUCCCAGAAAGCUUUUAUUACCAUACGCAACCACCACAUAUUGUAAAAGGUACCUUCUUUUUCUUUACAUUUCCAGCAGGUAUUUGUACUUGAGGUUACAACAAUUUAAAAUACAGUAUCAAAAACAGUUGAAACAAAUGACAGUCACAUGAAUUUGGGUGGAUCCAGAAAGCACACAUCUCAAGUGUCAAAGACCAGGGCAAAGAGGUAUGCAACAACAGCAGCAAGAAUACUCAUCGCAAAGUAUUGGAAGACACAAGAACUUCCCACGCUGGAGGAAUGGCAGAUGAAACUUAUGGACUAUAUGGAAUUGGCGGAAAUGACUGGUAGAAUCCGUGACCAGGGAGAAGAGUCGAUGGAGGAAGAUUGGAAGAAAUUUAAAGACUAUCUUCAGAAACAUUGCAAAAUUAAAGAAUGUUAGAGUGAUGUUGGACUGAAAAUAAGCGGUUUCCAGCUGUACAGGUUAAAGUUAAUGAUAGACUAAGAUUAAAGAUUAGGAUUAAAGUUGUUUAAAGAAAUGGAAAUUUGACAUUAAGAGGAAAAAUUUUAACGUUAUAUGAUACUAAGACCAAAGAUCAGGCUUAAAGAAGUUGAAGUUAUAUAUUUCAAUAUCUUAUUAAAGCUAAAGAUUGGGAUUAAAAAAGUGGAAAAGAAAUUGCUGAACAAACAAUUUGGAUUGGAAUACAAAAGAGGGAGGUAUGAGGAAGUCCAGAAAACAAGUAACUAAAAAACGGAAAUGGAAAAGAGAUAUUGUUUUUAAUUGUUAUGUUUUUUGUUCUUUUAUUGUUGAAUCUUGCUUUUUUUGUGUGUUUUUGUUAUAUGUAUUGUGUAUGUUUUUCUUUUCUUUCUUUGUUGUUCAAAACUUUAAUAAAAAUUAUUAAAAAAAAAAAAAGACCAGGGCAAAGAGGUGUGUUGGAGGCCUGGCUGAGCCUCUUGCCAGGUCUGGGGAAACACAGGGCCAGGAACUGCAAGCAGCCCCCAGGCCCUUCAAUCCAGUCCCUGGGACUCUCUCAAGACUAUGCCUGCUCUCCCUGGACUACAUUCUUCACUAGUCCUGCUCAAUGUCCUCCUUCAGUUCUUUAGCCUGGCAGGAAUGUGCCCCUCAAUUGCUUCCCGGGAUGAAGACUGAGAGAUGCACAUGUAUAGAGAAACUUUGGGCUUUUGCAUGGCUGGAAUUUAGGCUCCUCUGCAAAGGUGGAAGUACGCCCAUUGCUGUGCCCACUUUCGCCUCUGGCCUUGCCCUGUUUGAUGUGCCUUCCCUCAAACCAGUUUCUUUCUUUUUAUAUAUAUAAUUUUUAUUCAAUUUUCUGUUUUACAAUUUAGAAUAUUCAUUUAUACAACCUUAAAAUAUCAAUGACUUCCCUUCUUCUCUCUCCAUGGUUCAUUUUACAUAGCAUAAAUCCUUGCAUAUUUUAUAUAAACUAAACCAUUCAGAAUUUCAUUACAGUCAUACCUUGGGUUACAGAUGCUUCAGGUUGUAUUUUUUCAGGUUGCGGACCACUGAAACCCAGAAGCGCCAAAUCACAACCCACGCGUGCGCAGAAGCGCCGCUGCGGGUUGCAAACGCUGUGGGUUGCGAACGUGCAUCCCGCACGGAUCACGUUUGCAACCCGAGUGUUCACUGUAUUACUUCCAUCAAAACUUAUUUGCACUGUUGAAUUUAUCUUCAUGCUGACAACAUUUUCAAGCGUACACAAUUUCCCCCCAUAUAUUCAGUAAACAAUUUUUCCAAUCUUCUUUAAAAGAAUGUUCUUCUUGUUCUCUUAUUCUAUAUGUUAGAUCCGCAAGCUGCGCAUAUUCCAUCAGUUUAAGUUGCCAUUCUCCUUUGGUUGGGACCUCGCUCGUUUUCCAUUUUGGGGCUAACAAAACAUGGGCCGCCUUAGUGGCAUACAUAAAUAGCCUUUUUUGACGCCUGGGAAUUUCCAUCCGACACUCAAACCAGUUUCUAUCUGAUUAGGAAGCAGAAGCCACGGUUAAGCCGAGAUGUGUGUGAGAGGUUUUUCAGGCAGCCGUUGCUCACGUGUGGAUGACAGUUUUAGUGAGCUGGAGUUCAUCACCGAAAGAUAAAUCAGAGAAUGCAAACAGGGCGAAGGCACACACAAACACCUGCAAUGCAAGAAAGUAAUUUGUAAUACAACUGGCGGGGUGGGGUGGGGGGAGAAAUGCCUUGCUGCAUUUCUAGCUGCUAACAUGUACAUAGCCUCUGAUCCCACCAAAGUGAAGGGCUUGGACAGAUACCCUUUGCCACGUGCCUGCGAUACCCCUGUGGCUCAGGACUCUGCACCAUCACCCAGCGGCGGAGCAAGCCGAUUGGGCGCCUGGGACGGUGUGUGUGCCCUGCACCCAGGGGCGGGGCCACAUGCAUGCUGGGGCGGGGCCAGAUGUGGGGGGGGAGCCGGGGCAGGACGCUCCGUGGGGCCUCCAAGGAGUCUGCCUGCCUCCUCCCACUCAGGCGCCCUACAGCUGAGGGGGAGGCGGCAGGCGGACCAUUUGGGGCAGCACGGAGCCUGCAGGCACCCAAGCCACCGCUUCACUCCCAGGAGAGAUGCAUGGCUCGGGAGAGCUGCAGCCCGGCAUCAGUGGUGACACCCGCGGCGGCCCGCCCCCACCGCACCCCCUUCCUCCGUCCCUGCCAUCACCUCCUGCACCCCAAGGGAAAAGGCAUCAAUGAACCCAGACCAACUCCACAAUUAGCAGUGCUGGAUUGCCCAGUAGGCAGACUAAGUACAUGCAUAUGGCACCAGCAAAGCAGGGGCACUGAAAAAAAGAAGAUAAAAAAUGAUAAGAACUUUGUUCAACUUCCUUACACUCCGCUACACACUCUUCCCCAAUUUUUCUAUUCUGUUUCUAAUAUUUAUUCCCACACACCUGUAUGUGUCGUACAAACGUAGAUCAAAUUAAUGUGGGGAGAUCAGAUUCUGUCAUGUGUUGCAAUAAAUCUUUGUUGUUGUUUUUAUUUUAAACUUUUAUUUCACAGUUUACUGUUGCUUUUAUUUUGCAUUAUCUAAUGAGGGGGCCCCAUAUAGAUAUAUAUUUAGGGUUUCAGCCCCUAAAUGUCUUAAUCUGGCCCUGGACAUUAUAGUGUGGAGAAUUGCCAAACGUUCAUCAGACUCAGCUUCUGAAAAUGAAGCUUUGACAUUGUGGUUCCCAAUGUGGGGCACAUGCCCCACAGCGGGGCAAUUUGGUUUUUAAGGGGGGCAAUUCAAGAAUGAGUUAUUAACAGUGAAUGGCCUUUUAGACUUCCUCCACAUGAAUAGGAGUUCACUUUUUGAAUAAUAAGAAUGAUAUGUCACAGGGGAGGGGGUAUCAGGAUUUUAGAGAUGCUUAGGUGGGGCAUGGCCAAAAAAAGUUUGGGAACCACUGCUUUAUAGACUUCCAGGAUCAGAGCCUUGCUUGGAAGAGACCUAAUAGAGGAAGCCUCAGUUCCUUUCUUGCUGAUGCAACACUUAUCCUCUCUAGUUCUGCAGGUUUUUAACUCUCUUUUGGACAGUUCCUUGGCUGCACCUGCUGUUGUGCUCAACCCCUUAACUCUAGUAGGUUUCCCUACUAGCCUGACAACUCCCCUAUCUGGGUUCCUCAGGCUCCUUCGGGAGGAAGGGCAGGACAGCAGUGGAAGAAAUAAAUAAUAAUCCCCCUUGCAAACUGCAACAUGGCUGUCUUACCAAGAGCAGAAGUACUGUAGCUGGCUGCUUCAUAAAUCACAAUUCUGAAGGGUCAAAACAGAUGAUGAGAUCAUGCAGCCAGAAACUCCCAAAUGAGUAAUGGGCAGUAGAUCAGACUAAACCAGCUUUCCCCAACGUGGUGCCCUCAAGCUGUUUUGGACAGCAACUUCUGUCAGCCACAGUCUAAAGAGCCAACCCUGACAAUGGAAGAAGCAGUACAGAUUCUCUGAACUGUAUCCAUUUGAUCAUUCAGCCUGAUUCUACAUAGCCGUUGGGUUGGUUUGUGCUGCACAUACAAAGAAGAUCAGGAUCUGCUGAAUCAGGCCAUUGGCCCAUCUAGUCCAGCAUCCUUUUCCUGGUGGCCAACCAGGUGCCUAUUAUGGGAAGCCUGCAAGCAGGACAUUGGUGUUAACAGCAGCGCUUUCCCUACCUGCAUUUCUAUGCAACGGGUCUUCAAAGGUAUAUUGCCAUCAGUGUUGUGGCUAGUAGUCAUUCGAGCCUUACCUUCAUGCAAACAUGAUUUGGGUUGUCCUCACAGCACCAUAUAUAUAUAUACAUACAUAUAUAUAUAUAUAUAUAUAUAUAUAUAUAUAUAUAUAUACCUUUCACACUCUGCCUUCUGCUUCAUCCCAGGGAAGGAGGCAGCAAGAUUCAAUGAAAUGAAGAUUCAAUGAAAAGAAAAGGGAAGCAAUAGUUUUAUGGGGGCACCAGGAAAAUCAUUCAUAUUGUCUUGAAGUUACUAGCCAAGCUUGCAAACAUGUUCAGCAGCCAAGAUGGGUUUAAAAGGCGGGGGACAGAUUCAGAUUACCAUAUUUUUCACUCUAUAAGAUGCACCAGACCACAAGACGCACCUAAUUUUUGGAGGAGGAAAACAAGAAAAAAAUAUUCUGAAUCUCAGAAGCCAGAACAGUAAGAGGGAUCGCUGCGCAGUGAAAGCAGCAAUCCCUCUUGCUGUUCUGGCUUCUGGGAUAGCUGCACAGCCUGCAUUUGCUCCAUAAGACGCACACACAUUUCCCCUUACUUUUUAGGAGGGAAAAAGUGAGUCUUAUAGAGCAAAAAAUAUGGUAUCUCAUAGAUUUGGGCCACCUCAAUAUCCUGUUGCAAACAAGGCCACUUUUGCCUCCAAAAAUCAGGCCAAGGGAAGCUCAACCGAUCUCUCUGAGUGCCCCCCCCCCCCGCCCAAGAAGAAGCAAAUGUUUACAAAAUUUUCCAAAAUGUCAUUGUUAUCCAGAUUUGGAAUGCAGGAGUUUGAAUUUGUGCUUUAACCAUAUACUUCAAAACUGCGAGAGGUCCUAGGCAUCUGGUGCUGCUAUUUGGGGCAGUGAAAUGUCUCAGGCGUUGGGAUGAAGUACUAAAAUAGAGAGGUGACACCUUGUUGAAGACCUAGGAAGAUUUGAACCACUUUUUGUGGGUUUGCAAACAGAGCCAGUUCAAGACAUUUUGCUGCCCGCAGCAAUGGACAAGGUGGCAACCCCUCCCGGUUCUGUGCACAGAAGCCAAAAGGAAUGACAGCUGAAUCUUCCUUAAGAACAUAAGAAGAGCCCACUGGAUCAGGCCAAUGACUCACUGAGUUCAACACCCUUUUCUUACAGUGGCAACUCAGAUGCCUGUGGGAAACCUGCAGCGAAGGAGUUCUCUCCACUCCUGUGGUUUUUAGCAGCUGGUAUUCAGAAGCAUCACUGCCUCUGAUCCUGGAGGCAGAGCAUGGCUAGUAGUCGUUGAUAGUCUUGUAUGCCAUGAAUUUGGAACUAGCUCGGUAUUGUUUUCACUCAAUGGCAUUUCAGACUCUCCCAUUGCUACCUGGAGAGACCAGGGAAUGAACCUGGGACCUUUUACACUCAAAGUACUUUCUCUGCUCCUGAGCUAUGGUCCUCCAUCCCUCAUCAAUAUCCUAGAGGCUGAAGCUGGCAAGAGAGGAGUUGGGUGCAUGGGACGAUCUCUUCCAUUCCCUUCUAGGAUCUUCUGCGUGCCUUCUCCCUCUCUCUCCCUCUGCUGCACCCUUCAUGCUGCUCAGUAGGAAAGGAACAAUCUAGCCCUGGCCCCACCGGAAUGGCCAUCUGAAUUAUCGAGAUGGUGAAAGGUUUAUUAUGCAAACAUAAUAAACGUAAUAAGGGACGUGUUUAUUAUGCAAACAGCAACUGAGUUAUGUGUCCUUUAAGACUACUAAAUAGUUUUUAAUUACUGCUAUAUCAGUAAAUCCCAUAAAUAUGCAAAUGCAAUUAGUUCACAAAAUAGGCCCUAAAUAUCUUUAUUCCUCUCCAACAAAGUUCUUUGAAGUUAAUCGCCAGCUCCCUUUGUUCACUCCCUUGGCAGCGGAGCCGAAAAUGAUGGGAAUUAUGACAGAUGUACACAUUUUUGGGAGGGGAGACGUGUAUUUUCCCACCCCACCCCCCUCAUCCAAAUGCCACAUCUGGACAGGCAGAGAUGGGAUAUGGAGGAGGGGAAGAAGAGAUGGAUGAGGAAACACCCCCUCCCAGAGAACAACUUCAUCAUUUGGCUCACAGCAAAGUGUUUUGUGCUGUGCACAACAGACAUAUCACAACAAGUGGGUCUUGCAACAAGAUGCAAAUGCACAUAGUGUUCCCUUUCUGGAUUCCAAACAGUUUAAUUUCCUCUUCCCCCUGUUUUCUGUUCUCCCCCCCCACCCCCAAAAAGAGAGAGCAGCCUGUUAGCAUCCCAUGCCCUCCAAGCAUGCUCUGCUCACAUUGACCCAUUUUAAGCACACAGAUGGUUGCACCCCCUGCUAAAGUUUUUGCUGUACCUUUGGAAACCUUGAAAUUCUCCUAAGCUUCCUGACAGCUCCCGCUUGUGUGUGUGUGUGUGCCCAUUUGGCUACAUAAGGAGCAACACUCAAAGACUUGGGAUCAUUUCUUCUUCUUUGGUGAUCGUAGCCAAGUAAGAUUGUCUUCCAUGAACAUGGUCUUAACAGUGAGUUAAGUAAGUGUCUGUGGAGGCCAAUUCUGGAUCCCCACGUCCUUCCACAGUGGGGACAUUGGUUUCCGGGCAGGAGUUGAUCACAGUGAGGGUUUGCCAAGCAUGCCUUCCUCUUAACACGUUUCUCCAUUUCGUCCUGAGUUCGAGCGUCUUCAAAGCCCAUGACACCUUUGGUAAAGGCUGUUCUCUAAUUGGAGCACUCUCAGGGCAGUGAUUCCCAGUUGUUGGUGUUUAAACUACUUUUUUUUAGAUUUGCCUUGAGAGAAUCUUUAAACUUCUUUUGUUGACCACCAGCAUUAUGCUUUCCAUUUUAAGUUCGGAAUGCAGUAGUUGCUUUGGAAGAUGAUAAUCAGUCAUUCAAACAAUAUGACCAGUCCAACAAAGUUGAUGUUGAAGGAUCAUUGCUUCAGCACUGGUGAUCUUUGCUUCUUCCAGUACACUGGCAUUAGUUCGCCUGUCUUCCCAAAUGAUGUGUAAAAAUUUUCGGAGACACCAUUGAUGGAGCUUAUAAGUGGUCCAUGUUUCACAAGCUUACAGUAACAUUGGCAGUACAAUAGCUUUGUAAACAAGCAUUUUUGUUUCCCUGCAGAUGUCCCAGUCCUCAAACACUCUGCACUUCAGUCGGGAGAAAGCUGCACAAGAGGUACCUACAGCAAAAUGUCACCAUACAGAAUGCAUCGGCUUCUGUUCAGCAUGCCAGUGGUUCCAUCCCAUUCCACCACCACAGCUUUCCAUCCUCUUCCCCCAAACAAGUCAGCAUUCAGUGGCCACUGAGCAUACUCAGACCUCAUUUGGCUGUUUUGGGUGGGUGUGUUUGUGCAACAAAUCUCAGGUUUCUCCAUUGAUUUCUACAGGCAGCAUUCACUUCUGUUCCUGGGAAUGUUCAAAAAUAGCUUCUCAGGCAGGCUGAACCAAAGAAUUGCUUAACCAGAAAAGAAGAGAAUUCUCUCUGACUUUUUAAUAUCUGUGUGUAUCUCUUCCAUCUUUUUUCCAAGAUAGUCGACCCUCUCUUUUUUUGCUACCCCCACCUCAGUCACCAUUGCACGGGCACUAAGUAAACACAUUUCUCAUUAGGGGUUUUCUUUGGGGCGGGGUGUAACUUCUUAGAGGUUUCCCUCCUGAAACUUUGUUGUACUGGUGCAUAUAACACUGGUCCCUAAAGACCUACAUUGGCUCCCAGUAUGUUUCUGAGCACAAUUCAAAGUCUUGGUGCUGACCUUUAAAGUCCUAAAGGGCCUCGGCCCAGUAUACCUGAAGGAGCAUUUCCACUCCCAUCAUUCAGUCCGGACACUGAGGUCCAACUCCAAGGGCCUUCUGGCGGUUCCCUCACUGUGAGAAGCGAAGUUACAAGGAACCAGGCAGAGGGCCUUCUCAGUAGUGUCGCCCGCCCUGUGGAACGCCAUUCCAUCAGAUGUCAAGGAAAUAAACAACUAUCUGACUUUUAGAAGAUAUCUGAAGGCAGCCCUGGUUGGGGAAGUUUUUAAUGUUUGAUGGUGUUUUUAAUAUUCUGUUGGAAGCUGCCCAGAGUGGCUAGGGAAACCCAGCCCAAUGGGCGGGGUAUAAAUAAGAUAUUAUUAUUAUUAUUAUUAUUAUUAUUAUUAUUAUUAUUAGCUUGGGGUCCUCCUCUGUAUGCUGGUGCCUUCUGCUUGUGGCGUGGGUAGCAUCUGCGGCAGAUGCUGGGUGGGGAAUAUCAGUAGCACCCUAUUUGUUCCUUCUGAGUCCCCUGGCUAUACAUUUCUUUCAGAGAACAAAGCUAUGAGUCAUGCAGCUCCAAAAAGAGCCUGCUGCUCUCUCGUGGGAUGGAGGAGGAGGACAGUGUACUCCUGGCUAGUAUUGAAACAAGAUCAAACUGUCAACCCUGUUGGAUUCUGUAAGUGUAAUGGGGCCACAGGUUCCAUCUUGACUUUUGUUGCAGUCAACCAAAUGCCUUGGCCAGCUCUAAUUAGAAGGAGCUUGUUUGCCAAUUUAAACUGCAACCCUAUGCCAAACAUAAUUAUGCUGGAGUAAGUCCCUUUGAAAGGGACGCGGUUGGCACUGUGGGUUAAACCACAGAGCCUAGGACUUGUUGAUCAGAAGGUCGGCGGUUCGAAUCCCCGCGACGGGUGAGCUCCCCUUGCUCGGUCCCUGCUCCUGCCAACCUAGCAGUUCGAAAGCAUGUCAAAGUGCAAGUAGAUAAAUAGGUACCGCUCUGGUGGGAAGGUAAACGGUGUUUCCAUGCACUCCUCUGGUUUGCCAGAAGCGGCUUAGUCAUGCUGGCCACAUGACCCGGCCACAUGACCCGGAAGUUGUACACCGCCUCCCUCGGCCAAUAAAGCGAGAUGAGCGCCGCAACCCCAGAGUCGGUCACAACUGGACCUAAUGGUCAGGGGUCCCUUUACCUUUCCCUUUUAAGUCCCUUUGAACAGUACAGUGGGACUUAAAUCUGCAAAGAUGUUCAUAGUAUUGUGCCAUUAAUUAGGUAAAAUGGUCCUAGGGAGAGGUGUUCCCAUGUAUCCUCCUGCAGAAUUAAAUCAGCCUCUCCCAGCAUGGGACCUUCCAAAUGUUAUGAACAUCAGCUCUCAAAAGUCCCACCCAGCAUGGUCCUGCUUCAAUCCAUCCUAGCAUGCUAUAGCUCUAUGGGCUGAUGCUGACAUGGGUUGCAGUAGAAACAAUAUGAAGGGCACCAGGCUGGGGAAAGCUGACUUCAAUUCAAAUCUUUAUUACUGUCAUAAAGGUAAAGGUAAAGGUCCAUUAGGUCCAGUCGUGACCGACUCUGGGGUUGUGGCGCUCAUCUCACUGUAUUGGCCGAGGGAGCUGGCGUAAAGCUUCCAGGUCAUGUGGCCAGCAUGACUAAGCCGCUUCUGGCGAACCAGAGCAACACACGGAAACGCCGUUUACCUUCCUGCCAGAGCAGUACCUAUUUAUUUACUUGCACUUUUGGGGGUGCUUUCGAACUGCUAGGUUGGCAGGAGCAGGGACAGAGCAACAGGAGCUCACCCCAUCGUGGGGAUUCGAACCGCCGACCUUCUGAUCAGCAAGUCCUAGGCUCUGUGGUUUAACCCACAGCGCCACCCGCGUCCCUAUUACUGCCACAGACCAGCAUAAAAGGGUGGGAUACAGUCAUUUAAAUACUGAAAAGCGUUUUGGAAUGCUUAAAGGUAUUAAAACAGAAGGUGAAUAUUAAAGUCUAUAAGAAUUUAAAAGAAGCUAAAAGAGUAUGAGCAUUGGGGUGGGUGUGGAAGAGCAUAAAAGGUUGAUACAGUGGUACCUCAGGUUACAGAUGCUUCAGGUUACAGACGCUUCAGGUUAUAGACUCUGCUAACCCGGAAGUAGUACCUCGGGUUAAGAACUUUGCUUCAGGAUGAGAACAGAAAUAGAGCGGUGGCAGCGCGGCAGCAGCAGGAGGCCCCAUUAGCUAAAGUGGUGUCUAAGGUUAAGAACAGUUUCAGGUUAAGAACGGACCUCCGGAAUGAAUUCAGUUCUUAAUCCAAGGUACCACUGUAUAUAAAAGACUUUACUAAUUUACAGUGCAAUCUGAUAUGUUCAUUAAAUCUAGUUUGGCACAGGUAGUCCUUGGACAAAUUUUGAGCGCUGCUAUGCAGAAUCUCGCAACAUUGUAUAUUGUAGCAGGAUUGGUAUCUGAGAGCAGCAGGGAGGUAUAGGAUUGCCCUGUGCACCCUGAGUGCUUAUGAAGUAGUGGGGAACUCAGGCUAAUACGAAUGUCUCUGUAAUACAGGCACUGGAGAAGGACAUGCUCUACCGUUAAAGCUGACUUAGAGAAAUGUACUCAGACAGCUCUGAGGCGGCAACACUCUCUAGCUCCAUUUACUGAUGUGUUGGUCAGUUUGGGGGUCUUUUAAAAUGUAAUUUCUACCACCACCACCCCUUUCACCAUAAAACAGCCUCAAGGUGGCAUAUAAUAAUAAGAUACAAUAAUAAAUAGAAUUAUAGAGAAAAGCAGUAAAUAAUAAGACAGCAUGUUAAACCAGCAGAUAAAAGCCAAUGGAAGGUCUGGGGCAGUGCUUGGUUUAAAGGGUUGCUUCAUCCAAGUUCAGUUUAAAGGUAGCAAUCCCUAAGAAGGAAGAAGAGACCUUGCAGUUGUCCAUCCGGACAAUGAGAAAACUAGGAGGACUCCACUGGAAUCUGAAGGGUAAGAGUUGGUGACGGUAUCUGGGGAGAGAAUUUUAUAAUGUGGAGGUCGCCAAUAAGUACCCACCUUACAUUAGAAGGUAGUGACAGCUGGAAAAAGCCCUCUGUUGAAUGAACCAAUGCAUGGAUAGUGAGACAAGGCAGUUUUAAAGGUCAAAUCCAGCACUUUGGAAACAAAUUGGGAGCCAGUGCAAAGCUGCCCAGAGGCAUAUGGAAAGGGUAAGUGUGUAGAAACCAUUUAGUGGACCUGCCGCAUGUUUUAAUAUUCAAAAUAUACCCCUGUCCUGUUCAGAAUUACUGUAAUUUGUUAUCCUUAAAGUUUUUGCAAAGCUACUGCUGCCAUGCACAUUUUGCAUAGUCAGAGUGCCAUCUGGGGGCCAAAUCGGAUUUUUCUGGUGUGUGUGAUUUGCUGUCUGAUAAAUGAUGGGAUGGUAACACAGCAUGUCCUGCUUUCAUUUUAGGUGCCAUUUGUUGUGUGAUUUUAAUCGGAGGAUUCAUUAUUUUGUUAUUGAAUCACUUCACUUGAUAGGGGAACCCAGAGCAGGACCCCUGAAGUGGAUCUCAAGAUUCAGGUCAGUGUAUGUGGAAGAAGGCCAUGUCUUAGAUAUCCUGGUUCCAGGCCAUCAAGGGUUAAAACCAGCAUUUUAAAAUUGGGCCACAAAAAUGGGUUUGGAGACCGUGGAGCUUCUUUAAAUUUGUAGGAGACAUUUCCCCAAAAUGGCGGUUGGCCAUUCUCUUGCAACCCUGAUCACACUGAUCACAUGGUGCCUAAAAGCAUAUUUAUUUAUUUUUAUCAAAGUAUAUGUUUUGGGAUGUUUCAAUAACAGUCAAUCUAUUAUUAUAAAAUAAUAUAAUUACAUCAGGAAGUACAAAAGAGAGUCAGGGCUUGUAGGUGGGGUCUCUUCUAGCCCUGCCUAGGGAUGCCAUGGUUUGAACAUGAGACCUUCCGCAUGCAAAGAGAGCCACUAUGUUGUGUAAUGGAUAGAGUGUCGGACCAGGAUUCAAAUCCCCACUCAGCCAUGAGGCUCACUGAGUGAACCUGGGGCCAGACAAUGCUUCUUAGUCUAGCCUACCUCACAGGGCUGUUGUGAAGAUUAAAUGAGGAGGGGGAAACCUCAUUUACCACCUCGAGCUCUUUGGAGAGAAAAAUGAGAUGUAAAAGCAAUAAAUAUUUUUUUUAAGAAUGUGUGAGCAAUGGCCUGUUCCUGGCAAGAUAAGCAGAAACACACCUGAGACCUGGUCAGUGCUGUAGCAGAGCUGCGGGAGACAGGGAUGAAGCACUACUAUUUAAUUCACAGAAGGGAUGAUAAUGUCAUCUCCUGGGGUGCUUAUUUGCCAAUCCUCCGCAUGCCAAAUAGAUAAGCUUUUAACAGAGAGAAACACACUAAAUAAGCUAAGCAGAGGAAAAGAGAUAGAUUACAAUACUCUGGCUCUGGGUUAAAUUGACAUUUUUAUUUUGGAAAAUUCCAAAGCCUCUUUAUUACAACCAACAAAAUGGUUCCAAAAUAGUGAUAAAACACUUGAGUCCACUAGAAUGCUUCACCAUACUGGGUGUUAAGCAAGGGGCGGGGGGAGGAUGGAUCAACACCAUAAUAUUAAAUUAUUAUUUAUUGAAUUCAUAUAUUGCCUUAUACCUAGAAGUCUCAGGUGGGUUCACAUAACAAAAACAAAAUAUAAAACCACUAAAUAUAUAAUCAAAAUAAAAACAACAGCCCAAUAACGCGCGCGGCCCCAAACCCCACAUUUUAAAAGGGCAUAGGAUGUCAUACCACUCCCACAAAAAAAUCUUGGGAACUGUAUUUUGUUGAGGGUGCUGGGAAUUGUAGCUCUAGGAGAGGAAAAUACAGUUCCUGUGAAGUCAUGUGCUAUAAACGGGUGCUGAAUGUGCUUUAAAUGUUAAGUGUUAUUAUCUGUAAAAAGCCGCUGGGUACUGAAGCCAUAAAUAUUCCCUGCAUCCUUUCCCCACUAAUCCGUCAAUAUUCCCCCAGAUCCCCACCCCACCCCUACUUCUUUGCAACUCUCUGGAUCCUUGAUCCAGUUUUCCCACAUAGGGCUCCCUCGAAAUGAUGCUGGACUCCAACUCCCAUUAGCCCCAGCCAGUGUAACCACUGAUAGGGCAUGAUGGGACUUGGAGUCCAGCUGCAUCUCAGUAGAAGGUUGUAGGCUGGCCAUGACGUGUCCCUCUUUCCAAAAUGAGAGGGUGUUUUAAAACUGCAGUAAGCACACAACCCCUGUUGUUUCAAACUCCCCACCGCCCUGAAGGGUCUUGUGUUGAAUGGAGAUAUUGAGAUAGAUAGAUAGAUAGACAGACAGACAGACACACACACACACACACAGAGAGAGAGAGAGAGAGAGAGAGAGAGAGAGUCAUACCUCGGGUUACAGAUGCUUCAGGUUGCGCGUUUUUUUGGUUUUUUCGGGUUACUUCCGGGUUUCGGUGCUCGCGUAUGCACAGAAGUGCUGAAUCGUGCUUUGUGCAUAAACGCCAAAUCACAACCCGCGCAUGCGCAGACGCGGCACUGCAGGUUGCGGACGCUGUUGGUUGCAAACGUGCCUCCCGCACGGAUCACGUUCGCAAGCCGAGCAUCCACUGUAUCUCCAUUAUUAUUUUUGAAUACAAUUUUUAAUUAAAUUUUCUGUUUUGCCAUUUAGAAUACUCAUUUUUACAUCCUUAAGGUAUCAAGGACAUUCCUUCUUCUCUUUCCAUGGUUCAUUUACAUAUCAUAAAUCCCUGCAUAUUUUACAAAAACUAUACAAUUCAGUAUUCCAUUGUUGCAUCCAUCAAAACUUAUUUACACUGUUGAAUUUAUCUUAACGCUGACUGCGUUUUCAGGUGUACACAAUUUCCUCCCCAUAUAUUAAAUAAACGUUUUCCAAUCUUCUCUAAACAUACGUUCUUCUUGUUCUCUUAUUCUAUAGGUUAAGUUUGCAAGUUGUGCAUAUUCUGUCAACUUAAGUUGCCAUUCUUCUUUGGUUGGGAGGGACCUCACUCAUUUUCCAUUUUGGGGCUAACAAAACACGGGCCCCAGUAGUGGGCAUACAUAAAUAACCUUUUCUGACACCUGGGGAUUUCAGUCCGAAUAAUGCUUGGGGGGUGGGGGGGAAUCUAUCUAAAGAUAGUUUUUUUUAUUUAAGUUACAUUAUAGUCCAAAGGCUAUUCAUCAGGAAAUAAGGAUUUAAAUUUUUCAUGUGUGCAAAAACUCAAGUCUGUUUUUUUAGUCGUUUAACCACAUCAGUUAACAAACAUGGAUACAUAUGCUAUGCUAUUGUUUUAGUUAAAUAAAUUGUUUGAAUUGCUAUUAAGGAAAUGAUUACUUUUCUCCUUCCAAUAAAGUAUAGCAGAAAAGUUGUCCAAAUAUAAACAAUAAUUUCAUAAUUAACUGUCUAUGUAUUUCUAAUAGUAUAACCAAAUCAGUAAUUUUUGAUAUCACUGUAAAAACCACUCUGAAAAUUUAUUAUUCCAUAUAUGAAACCUUCAUCUGGUUGUAAAUAUUAAGAUUAUACCAGCAAGAAUCAGUCUUUCUGUGAAAAAAAUGAUUGAAAUCAAGUCUCACUGACUAAUGAUUUAAAUCAAUUCUUACUGACUAGUGAUUUAAAUCGUGAUUUAAAUCGAUUUGAUUUAAAUCAAAUCCACGCUGACAGAAACCCAUUCUGACGUGCAUAAAUAUUUAAUGAAUGCAGCGUAUUAGAAGAACUGAAGUAAAUAUACUGUAUCUGAGGGCGAGAUUUAAAACUUUCGCCUCACGUUUAGGGGGGUGCGAGGGAGGGAAUGCGGACUAUUACCGGCCACCUCGAGCGAAGGCGACUCGUCGUCGGGAGCGAAGCGGCCGCGAGGCGGAGCGACCCGCGCGGCAUUCGGCUCCCGCUCAGCCAAAAGGAACGGGAAGAGGAGCUAGGUAAAAAAAAAAGCUCUCUCGUGGGCAUGCGCACCUCGCUCCGAGGGGGGGCGCGGCCGGAGGAGGCUCGAACCCGACACGCCCUCUCUCUCGCGCGCGCGCUCCUCUUUUCGGAAAUAUUUGUUUUUCGUUUGGGUGAGGGGCAGCGUGCGCCGCCCUGUGCCGCCCGCUGAUAGGUCGGCGGCGUGGGCGGGGCUUGGCGUGGGCGGCGGUUUGCGGGGAGCGGGGAGAGUUGGAGAGCUCGGGCCGCCUCUGUGGUGGCUGAGGAGGCGGCGGGCGCGAUGACGGCCGAGCUGCAGCAGGCCCAGGAGGGGGGCGCGGCUGCCGUCGAGAGCCAAGGACGGGUGAGGGAUUGGCGGCCUGUGGGGGGGGGGGGUGUUGUUCGUGAGAGAGAGAGAGAGAGUCCGAGCUGGGUCGCCUACUUUGGUCCGCCACCCGCGACGGUAUACUGAGGAGAGGGAAGAAACCCGCGCCUCCUUUCCUUUUCACUUCUCUGCCUUCUCCCUUCUAUCAUCCCCCCCUACAGAAAAAAACCCAAACCCUACUCUGGGUCUCAGUCUGUAUACAAUCAGAUAUAGCCGUUAAUGUUAGCAAUAUUCAUUAGUAUUGCGAUUAUUAUUUAUUGCUGUUAUAUUCAUCGCUGGUCACCUAUCUAUAUAACCUUUUCCUGUAAACACAAAAAAGUCUGCUGGUUCAAUAUUGCGUGUAGAAGCGUGCUUUGAGCGCCCUAAAUAGAGCGCCCUAGAUACUUGAUGGAUGAAGCUGUAAGUGGCAGAAGAAAGGAGGGCCUUCAUGGGUUUACAGGACUUUUUUCUUUGUGCGUCUUCUGUUUCCCUAAACGGAAAACUCUGAAAGUGGGGUCGUAUCAUUAGCAGGCAAACAAAGAGGAAGGAAGAAAUUUCAGGUGCUACGAAUCAGUUUAUUGCUAGAUGAGGCGGGGUUUUUUGCCUCCCUUGCAGACACUUUUUCAAAGUGCUAUUUUUCUAGAAAAAGAGAUGCCAUAACUCACCCUUGUUCUCUUAUAAUGGCAGUGGCAGCCACCUGAGAGGUGCUUGAACUGAGUUCUGGUGCUUUCCAGUGGGGAGGGGGGAAAGCCCCGCUCUUCUCUAAACUACUUAAAGUAUCUUAAUACUUGCUUGCUGUUUUUCCUUUCACACACCUCAGAGAUGCAUGUCUUCAUGGUGUAUCUGUUAGUUUUGUAUACACUUUUCUUUCGUCAGCUGGGUUUUACGUUUCUUGUGCACCUUUGACAUUUAUAGAUAUGAACCUCCCUUGCUACUCCUCAGAAUCCCCUUUCGGCAUUCCUGCAUCACUGUGGGUAGGGGGAUAAUUAAAAUUUAUGGCUGCUUUAAAUGGAUUCUAGAUGUGUGAUUUUAAGGUGGUGUUCUUACAUUGCUCUAGAACUCUCUGAGGACCUUGGGCCCAGUGAAAGUAGUAAAGACUUUGCUUGGUUUUUAUAGGAAAGUUCAGCUGGGCAAGCGGCAAGCAGUAGUCCUGAGCUCGCUCUGAUACGUAGGAAUAUUGCAGAUCUGUUGAUUCUGCCUUGUGGAUUUCAGUGGCAAAAAUUCAGCUAAGCAAGAUCCACUUUGCACACUGAAAUGUGCUGCUGCUAGUGGUGCUGUUUGAAAAAGGUAGCUGUGACUUUAUCUGUACAUAGGUAGCAAACCCUGUGGUUGGAUUGCUGCUUGUGGUGGUGAUGCCCUGGUAAUACAACCAUCCCUUAAAUUUGUGGUGCAUAUGACUUUUUUGCUCCUGUUAAGACUGUCUUUGUUUCAUUUAUGUCAGGAUAAGAUGUCUAUACACUUAGUGGGAAAAGUGGCUGCUAGGCUGCUAAGUGGGGCAGCCCAAUUGGACUAUGGGGUCACUGGUCCUGAAUGUGCUACAAUGGUUGGCAAUGACCUACCAGUCCAAAUUCAAAGUAUUAGUCCUUGCGUAUGAAGCCUAUCCACUAUGUCUGACCCUACAAUUGGCAGGUGAGACCUUAUUGGUGGUGGUGCCACUCAGGGCUGCCUGGUUGUUGACCUCUGACAGGGUCUUUUCAGUGUCAGUUUACCAUUUUUGGAAUGUCAUCCCUAAUGAGGCACUUCUCUAUCUCUUAUCAUUGGCUUUCAGGAGAAAUUUUAAAACAUUCCUUUUUAUUCGGGAAUGAAUAUUUAUUCAGAUGACUGAAAUAUACUGUUCUUGGCCAUCCCAAGAUUGUUGGAAGGAACUGUUUUUAGAUUGCUUUUUAAUGUUUUAUCAUUGUUGUGCCUGGUGUCCUGGGCCACUUCAGGAGAUGGGCAUGAUAUAAAUCAAAUGAAUAAAAUAAACAGUUAGAUAAAACAUACAGGUGAUGAGCAGGAUUUGUUUUUGGCCUGGCAACCCAUUUUGUGGUACCAAAUGAAGCUUGUGAAUCUGAUAACUAUAAAUAUUUUUUAUUUACUUGAACUUAAGAUGUUUCCUAGUCACCUCAAUGGAUCUAAGUUUCCUUUAAGAAAGAAAGAUAGAUAAUUGUUACAGAUUUUUAAAAGAUUAACAAAGCCAUAUUUGGGUCUGGCCUUCACUCUUCUAAACAGAAGUACAUAGUUUUCACUAAUAGUUAUUAACAACUACCAAUGUGGUUUGACCGACCAGUGGUAGGUAAGCUUUGUCACUGAACCUAAAAUAAAACUUACUAAACCUCUGGGUAAUGAAAUUCCUUUCACAGUUGCUUGUUACAGUGAAUAUUAAUCAUAGUCUAAUACUAAUUUUAAUUAUCUGUCAUGAUGAUGUCAAAUUAUUUUCUGAGGAGCAGACAGCUUUUUGGCAGGCUUGUAACAUCUUCACAGAAUGAUGGUGUUCCCAGUAUUACAAAAAUGACUUGCUGUGUGCCAUUGGAUGUUGACAAGUUGUGUGUGACACUCAGUGAAUGAUAUUCCCGUGAUUAGUAUUUUAUUGAGCUAGAUGCUUCUUUAGUGCUGAUUUUAGUGUUCUAUUCUGAUAUUUUUUGGAAAUUGUCUUGGUGAGAAUUUCGGCCCUUAAGGGCAGCCUAUAAAUAUUUCAAUUUGUUUUUAAAAAAGAAACCAGUUCCUGACAAAUAAUUUAACAGGGUGCCUUAGGGACAUAAACUGAUCUAAAUAAGUUGGAACUUGAAUGAUGUCUUUGCAUCUGGAGUAUACCCUUUUUGGGGGAGAGGGGUUGCGUGAACAUAGUGAGAGUGGGAUAAUUAUGUAUAAUGUAAUGAUUCCUAAACUGUAUUUUAAUUUCCUUCUGGGACUCUGGAUGUGAGAUUCAUAAUUGCCAGUAUCUGAGUAAGGGGGUUCUUUACCAUUCAGUUUGUCUUUACCUGUUUUCCUUGCUGUUUAAAAAUGUUGAAUAUCCACCCUUUCUGAAUGCUAGCCAAACUUUUCUGAAAAUCACCUAUUUGAUCUCCGGUAUUUGGGCCCAGCUUGGUUUGUUAAUAGGUGAAUUUGCAUGCCUUUUUCAUAUUUUGAUAAAAAGGACCAGAUAACUUUUUAGCCCUUGGGAAUUAAUGAGACCUGGUUCCUGACUUCUUUUUCUUCUCAUUACCUGAAUGGAAAUUUAUCAGUGUAGAAUAUUAUACAGUCACACCUUGGGUUAAAUGUGCUUCCGGUUGAGCGUUUUCAAGUUAUGCUCCACAGCGACCCGGAAGUAACAGAACGCGUUACUUCCGGGUUUCGCUGCUCGUGCAUGCACAGAUGCUCACAAUGACGUCAUGCGCGGAAGCAGCGAAACGCAACCCGCGCAGACGCGUCUUAUGUUCUACUCAGGAUCUGAAUGGGGCUCCGGAACGGAUCUCGUUCGCAUCCAAGAGUACCAAUUUGGAGUAAUUUGACCCUAGAUGCUGCUAUGCAACUACUCCUUAAUCUGCUUGCCUACUUCAUAGAACCUCUAGAGUGAAGAAAAGCUGUGUUGUUGUUGUUGUUGUUGUUAUUUAGUCGUGUCCGACUCUUCAUGACCCCAUGGACCAGAGCACGCCAGGCACUUCUGCCUCCCACAGUUUUGUCAAAUGCAUGUUAGUAGCUUCGAGAACACUGUCCAACCAUCUCGUCCUCUGUCAUCCCCGUCUUGUGCCCUCAAUCUUCCCAACAUCAGGGUCUUUUCCAGGGAGUCUUCUCUUCUCAUGAGGUGGCCAGAGUAUUGGAGCCACAGCUUCAGGAUCUGUCCUUCCAGUGAGCACUCAGGGCUGAUUUCCUUCAGAAUGGAUAGGUUUGAUCUUCUUGCAGUCCAUUGGACUCUCAAGAGUCUCCUCCAGCACCAUAAUUCAAAAGCAUCAAUUCUUCGGCGGUCAGCCUUCUUUAUGGUCCAGCUCUCACUUCCAUACAUCCCUACUGGGGAAACCAUAGCUUUAACUAUACGGACCUUAGUCGGCAAGGUUAUGUCUCUGUUUUUUAAGAGAGAAAAGCUAGAUCUUGCUAACUCCACCAGCCAACUGGUUACAGGGCAGUUUGGAGAGGGUCUAGCAUGCUGUAUAUCUUUGGCACCUUGUUGUAAGUGAGAAAUGACAAACCUAAAUGGCAUGUGCAGCCAGUUUAAAAUAGCUCCUCAUCAAACCCCUGCAAAUUCCUGGACUGCUUACGUCUGAUAGCAUAUGCUGCUGCUUUUUGGUAGAAUAAAUAUGUAGACUGCUGGUCCCUUGCCCUGGUAAAGGGAUAUUUGAACUGGUAUUGCUUAGGCCUGGCUAUAAUUCCUCCUUUAAAGGGCACAUGCUCCUUUCUAAUCAGGAGCUAGCUUUCACUGAGGCAUAAAAUGGAACAUGUUGCAUUUAAAUGUAUUGAUGCCUACUGGUAUUUGGAGACUGUAAACUUUUGAGUUGGACAGAAUGCUUAAUGGCAUGUCUAGGUGAUCAAAUGUCUGCAUCUAGAAAGGUCCAGAAAGGUACAUUGACCUGUGGAGGCAACCAUUGAACUUUCCCUUUUUGUGCUUCACGCAUAGAGCCAUUGGUCUGCCCUCCUUCCUUGUAUGCAGAAGAAACAAACCACACUUUCUGGCUUAGCUGCAUGUCCAGCCUAGGGCGUGAUGCGUUUUUCUCAAACUGCAGUUGAUAAGCCAAGAUCAAACCCUGGCUACAGUUCAUGGUUUAGGAACAAAACAAAACAAACAAAAAAACAUGGUCACUUGUUUUGGAUUUAAAUCUUGAUUUAGGGAUUGUAAUUUUUUUCUUCAGAGUUCAAGCUUAGGCGUAUGCAUGGUUAUUGAAUCAUUAGCUCUAGCUCAUGUGUGAACUGUGCUGAUGUUUCAACUUUCCCCAGCCUGGUACCCACCCUCCAGAUGUUGAUAGACUCCAUCUUCCAUCAGCCCAGCCUGUGUGGCCAUGGUGAAGGCUGAUGGGAGCUGUAGUCCAGCAACAUCACCAGGGCACUGGAUUGGAGAAGGCUGGUCUACAAUGUUGGUAUUGCCUCACUGUAAGUAUUCUAUUGUUAUUCCCUUAUUGACAUGUACUUUCUUUGUCCCGUGUGACUAUAGAAUGGCAAUGUGCUCAUCAACCAGCUCAGAGAGAUCACAGGCAUUCAGGAUCCUUUGUUCCUCCACACAGCCCUGAAGGUAAGUAUUCUUCUGCCAUUUUGGUAGCACUGGUUGUUGCACUAUGAAUGUCAGACCUGCUCACCAAGCACCUUUCCUCUGCCUCCUCCUCCAUUGUUGGGUCCUAAUCACCCUCCCCUUAAUCUCUGCUGCCUGUGUUCUAGCUGUGCUCUUGGCACUCUUUGUGUUGACCCAGUAGAGCCAGCAGAGGCAGCCAUGUUUCCCCAAAGGGAUUGCUUCAAGCCAGGAAAAACAACAGUAUAAAGACAGCUGUCCACGCUGCCACUCCUGACCUUUAAAAGCACCAUCUUAACAUGUCACAUUUGCUUCAAGUUCGAAUAAGAAGAAUGCAGAGAGAGCUUUUUAGUGGGCAUUAUCUUGCACUUGUAUUGCAUUUCCGGAGAGGAUCUCUACCAUUUACUGAGCCUCUCCUAGCUCAGGAUAUAAUAGGACCCUUUUAGGAGCAUGUAUGAAAAUGUGGUUCCUGUUUGAAAUGCUCUUUUCAUUUUCAUUGCCCUUCUUUAAAGCUGGACCCCACAUCUCUUUAGAAUAGUGUAUAGGCAGAGCAGGAUGGGAAUUGUACUGUACUUUAAAUCUUAAUUUUUCCAGUGAGUGUCCUGCAUAAGCAAUUGUUGACCUGAAAUACUUUGUCCUGUACAUAUUUUCUUCCCGUGUUGCACAAAUGCUUUGUUCUUUGUCCUUAGGCUGCUGAUGGAAACUUAAUUCAAGCCGUUAGUUUCCUCACAGAACACCACGCUAAAGAGUCAGGGCAAGAAGCCGUUGCUGCAGAACCAUCUGACAGUGAAGGAAGUGCAGUCGGCAAAAAUCAGGCAACCAGUAGGUGACUUCUUGCCUUUACCUGAAAUAUUCUUGCCACAGUUGGAUGCAUUUUUUGGGAAUACUAUAUAUAGGUUGUGAAAACUUGAGCUAUAGGCUCCCAUUUAUAAAGAGACACUUUGCUGGGGCUAAUGAAAGACAAGUAUGGACCCAUUAACAAUUGGAUUAGAUGAAGAGGCUUGAUCAUUCCAUUUUCAUUGUUAUGAUGAUGGGGUGAAGGGGCAAUAGAUUGAAACGGAAACAUUGCGAUGAGAUAGCAAUAGGAACAGUGUUUUUGUAAUUAUAUGCUUACAUGGAUGAGAGCACAUUAAUUCUGUUAGAUGGGAAAUGAGCUUACAUGUGGCUGGCUGCAAGCCAGGACCUCAUCUAGAACUCCAGACACUUCAGUUGCACACAGUUCUCCAGUCAAAAUCUGGAUUAAACUGCUUUGACCAUCUGUGGGAUGUGUGUCCUCAUCAUUGGAGUGAGUUUGAAAACCAUUGUCUUAACAUGACGGUCCAAGUUUAAUUGUCCAUAGAAAGCCUCUGUGUUUGGGUGGUGUUUGGAGUUUGUCUUUUCCAGUGCUUUUGGAAAGCAUCAGAUUGGGAAGUUUGAAAAAGCCUAUGCAGUGUUUUGCUUUUAAACUGUUGCCUCCCUGUUUGAAAACCAGUAAAAUACUGUGUCUUGGACUGGCUUUGUGAGGGGCACCUUCACUCUACUUAAAUAGUGAUAGCCACUUUGGUUUCCAGGUCCAGCUGAAGCAACAGAAGAUGAUGAAGCUAAUCUGCAGGAAGCUGUUUCUUCUGGAGCCCUUGAUUUUCCAAGUGUUCAAGUUGUAGAGAAAGAUCCAGAUGCAACAGUGAAUGUGUAUGCUGUGCUCUGCCUUUUUCUUUUCUUUGUGCAUGUUGUUAUCAAAUUCCUAACCUGCCCUUUCUUCUAAGGAUCCAUGGGCAGCAAACAACCAAACAGUAAAACAAUACACCAGUCAGCACAGAAAGGGCAGCAGAUACCGGUGUCAUCGCCAUAUUCACUCCUUAAGUUUCUGUGAAGUGUAUUGGACUAUAUUUUAUUCACACUGUGGAAGAAUGGUCUUUAUUGCCACUGUUUACCCAGGUUGUGUUAGGGUCAGCAAGAUGUUCUCCUCUUGUACAUCUCCCACACAGUCUGGUCCUCCCCUGCCGCAUUCCAUUGUUAUCCCAGAUAAUGUAAUCUGAUCCCUACAGAAUAUGAUCAAAAGUCAGCCCAAAAAGUUGUGCCCUGCCACAACACCUCUACAGCUGACCACAACAGCCUAUGCUGUUAAUUGGGGGUGGGUUAAAUAUAGCUACUCUUCAGUUUUGCAGUUUCCAGUCAGAAGCAUGGGAAGUUUUGUGUGAACACAACCCGAAUACAAUGUAAUUUUUGUCGCUGACUUGUUGAUUUGUGUUCCCUGGCAGAGUUUAUGAACCAAGUGUGGCUGAAAGCAACAAUCGGUCCAAACGGAAACGGUGUGAUGUCUGGGGAGAGACUGCUGCCCAGAGUGAGUGGAGGAGAGCAGGCGACUGGCCAGUAGGGAUGAAAAACAUUGGAAAUACUUGCUGGUUCAGUGCAGUCAUACAGGUAAGAUGGCGCCUCUAGUUCUUGAGUGCCAUCUGCCAGGGCAAAAUGGAGAACUUGUGGCCCUCUAGAUGUUGCUGGACUCUGAGAUUACUUGGGCCAUUGGGUACAUUUCAAAUUGUGAUUGAGUGCUGUGGGCACUAGUCACAAACUGACUGCCAUGGGGGCAUGGUAUAACACAACUUGACUGCACUAGGGGGGUAUAGUAUAGCAUAGCACACAAUUAGAGUGAGUAGAGUCAUUAUUGCUCUAUUCCCCUGCCCCAAGACUACCUCAUGUUUCCUAUAGGGAGUCAGCUAUUUCCUGCUGGUCAAAUGGUGGAGUUAAAGGCCCAAGAACCCUUGUACAUUCUUUCCCUGAUCCAUAAAAUUGGAUGCUGCUUUUAUGAUGUUUUAUACUAUUUAUACACUGCUUAGGGUUUGUUUGUUUUUUUGUUUUUUAAAAAAAGUGGCUUUGAAGUACUUUUAAAUAAACCAUCCUUGACCAUUGGCCAUGCCUGCUGGGGCUGAUGGGAGUUCCAACCCUGUGCUAGGUCAAUGCUUCUAGGGUAUUUGAUACUUUGUGUUAAUUUAAGGUUGGUUGUGGUCAGACAUAUUAUUCCAUUGCAUUCAGCAUUCUCUUUAAUACCUAUGUAUUUAAUACCUAUGGUGUGAUGUGUGAAAAACAGGUAAGCAUUAUUAUGGCUUCCACUUGCAAUUUACCAAUUGGUGUUUGAAUUCUAGGUGCCACAUAUAUGGCACAUCAGGAAAAGCCAAAGAUCAGGAUUCUGCCAGAGACUUGUCUUAUAAUGGGGGUGGGGUGCAGAGGUUACUGCACACUCAUUCUAACAGGGAUCCAUGGUAGUUGGGCAGUACUUUUUAAUAUAAGAGUUGGUGUGUGUGAGAGAGAGACCCUGGCCGCCUUAUGGGAGAAAAUGGUGUCAAGCUCUCUCCGAUGCCUAUUUGCCACGGGGUCCAGUAAUAAUAGUAAUAAUAAUAAUUAAUAAUAAUAAUUUAAGUAUUUAUUAUUUAUACCCCGCCCACCUGGCUGGGUUUCCCCAGCCACUUUGGGCAGCUCCCAACAGAAUUAAAAGCACAAAACAACAUCAAACAUUAAAAACCUCCCUAAAGAGGGCUGCCUUCAGAUGUCUUCUAAAAGUCAGUAGGAUUGGGAGUGCUUUGUAUGUUUCACUGGCUUUAGUGGGAGAGCUGAGCACAUGCCAACAUCUUUCUGUUACAAUGAUUAAGGUCUACUUCAGAGCAGCAGUUUGUCUCUGCACAGUGUACAUGCUUCUGUGACAUCAAAAAAUGUGUAGGAAACGCAUAGCCUUUGAACUUAUCAUGAACGCUGGCCUACAAAGAGUGUUGUGUUCUGAACUGAGAUCCAAUUACAGUCUUGCUUUGAUCAGAUGAGGCAGUGGUUUAAUUUAAGGGUUUUUGUCAGUCUCUCUUCCAGCUGCCAGAAUUCCGCCGGUUGGUUCUUAGCUACUCCCUUCCAGAGAGCGUACUGGAAAAUUGUCAAAGCCAAAGCGUAAGUGCUGUCUGAACAAGGUCAGGUUGCUCAUUUUCUUGUAGUUGUACUGUCUAAAAUUAGAAUGAACCUGGAUGAUUUUGAUAAGUUUAUGAAUCUAAAACAUGUACUUGGUUUGAAACUGGCUUCAGACUUAUCAGAGUUUGAGGCUGGUUUGUUUUGCCACAGCUGGUAUCAUGCUUUCUUCAAUAUCUAGUUUAUUAUUUCAGGCAAAGUAAGGGACUGUGUAUGAAUAUUCUUAAACAUUUUUGCAUUGUAAUACAUUAGGCGUUCUCUAACUGCUUACUUUCAAUGUUUCCAAACCUCUCAGCCUCCUUGAAUAUUGCCAUGAGUACUAAAUGGGCAGCUUCCCAGUACUUGUCCUUUUCUUUGUUUAUACCUUGCCUUUGCCAUCAGCAAUCUUGACCUCUGUGCUAUUUCUGUUGGUAAAAUGCUAGAUCCUGUUACAAUGGAUUGCUCAGGUUGUCAUUUCUGCAAUUCAUUGUGCUUUUUCAUUCAGAAAAAGAGGAACAUCGCGUUCAUGCAGGAACUUCAGUAUCUCUUUGCUUUAAUGCUGGGAACACCCUGUAAAUUUGUAGACCCUUCUGCAGCCCUGGACCGUCUCAGAUGUGCGUUCAGUUCACCUGAGGAGCAGCAGGUAAUUAGGAUGGUUGUGCCACCAACCUUGAUUGUGAUCUAUAAAGUGGGUGUGUGACUUUAAAACAUAGCAGAGGCAUCUCAACCUCUCUCCCUACAUCUUAGAUGGGAUGUUUUCUAGUCCCUGAGCCCCACCGUGAAGACAUGCUUAAAGUGGCUUGGGGCAGGAGGCUUCCCUUUGUCUUCCCCCUUUCCCAGCUAUUAUCUUAUGAGGAUUCUGGGAAUCAUCCCAGACCUAUUUGCUUGUGCUUGAAGAGAACCUUGUCAAAAUUCAGUUGGCCUCUGCUAAAAGAUCAGAGUGGUUUGUGUGUAGCUAACUAGUGUGGUGAUGAUGAUGGUGAUGAUAAUAACAAUUUUAUUAUUUAUAACCCGCCCAUCUGGCUGGGUUUCCCAGCAGAAUAUUAAAAACACGAUAAAACAUCAAACAUUAAAAACUUCCCUAAACAGGGCUGCCUUCAGAUGUCUUCUAAAAGUCAGAUAGUUGUUUAUUUCCUUGACAUCUGAUGGAAGGGCGCUACACAGGGCAGGCACCACCACCAAGAAGGCCCUCUGCCUGGUUCCCUUAAUCUCACUUCUUGCAGUGAGGGAACUGCCAGAAGGCCCUCGGCACUGGACCUCAGUGUCUGGGCUGAACGAUGGGGGUGGAGACACUCCUUCAGGUAUACUGGGCCAAGGCUGUUUAGGGCUUUAAAGGUCAGCACCAACACUUUGAAUGGUGCUCGGAAACCUACUGGAAGCCAAUGUAGUUCUUUUAGGACCAGUGUUAUAUGGUCUUGGUGGUCACUCCCAUUCACCAGUCUAGCUGCCGCAUUCUGCAUUAGUCUGAUGGCUCUUCCUGUGCAUAUGUGCCUUGAAAUGCCCCUCUUUAUUUAUGCAUGUAUUCAGUCAGUCUCUGUGUUACAGCUCACAAGAAUAGGAACAGUGGGUUCUGUUGCAAACACAAUGCAAAAACAGUAGUUGCUAAAAACAACAGACGAAACUGGCUGGUAAUUGGCAUGUUUGGCAUUAAGUGUCUUGUCUUUCUUCUAGCAAGAUGUGAGCGAGUUCACCCACAAACUUCUGGAUUGGUUGGAGGAUGCUUUUCAGCUGGCUGUGAAUGUUAAGUGAGUCUGGAGAAACUUUAGUUGAACAAUAAGUUUGGUAUAUGACACAUCAUUGAAUACCCUUUCCUUCUUUCCAUUGAGAAUAGGGUAGCAAGAAGCUCUAGUUCAUAUUUCAAUACAUGAUAAACUUUCUAAGCAAAUGGGGCAGCUUCCAAAUCAUGUAAGUUGCCCCUAUUAAUAGCUCCCUGUUCAACUACCGGUGACUCUAGGAGCUUGACAUAGUUGGCUUUUGUAGCUAAACUGUCUGUUGAAACUUGGGAAGCAUCAUUUUCAUAAUAGCUAGAGUCAGUAUGGCAGAAUUUGAGUAUCUGAAACAGUGUUUGAGGCUAUGAAUAUUCUGGGCUAUGUCACUUUAGACUACAGGAGAAAGCUCAUGGGAUGAAUGCUUUCUCACAGAGGAGGGGGACGAAUUCUCUGCCUAUAGAAGACUGGUUCAUUUGGGGAGAACAGUUCUAGCCUGCCCUCCUUGGUAACACACUAGUUUUGGGUGGAGCAUGGAAUCUGUUAUAUAGAGGAACAUUCCAUCACAUGAUUCCAUCAUCUGCAGCCUUGGCAAAGGUUUCCUGUCUGAAUGGGACCUAGGCCUAAACCAUAGUUUUCUAACAAACUGAUAACUGCAUAUUUCAAGUACAUAUCCCCUGUCCUUUUAUACAGGCCACCUGUCAUUUUAUUCCAUUUUCAGGCACCUAAGGAUUGUUGAUAAAAGCCUUGGUCUUUGUUUUUAAAAAAUCACUUUGUAUUCCUGAGUCCAAUGAAUUUUUCAUGUCUUUAUUUGAUUGAUUGAUUUCUGCAGUGGUAACUCACAGGACAAAUCUGAGAACCCAAUGGUUCAGCUUUUUUAUGGAACUUUCCUUACUGAAGGUAUUCAUGAAGGUAAGGUAGAAGGGUGUUAAUUUAAUCCUCUUUACAUUGAUUUGUGUCCUUAGCUGGACUCUAUCUGGGCACUGUUGCAGAUAGGUCUGUUUUGGCCGCAGUCCAAGCAAAAUUAAGCAUUUGCAGCUCCCUCUUAUGUCAGUAGUGGGACAUUUAAAUAUCCACAUUAGCUUACUAUUGAAAUUAAUGAAAGUGCUCAAUUACCAUGGUUAUGAAGAUCCUUUCCAAGGGCUAGAGCCUUGAGCAGGAGCACUCCAAGGAAUUGACGGUGGGUUCACAGCAAUAUUUUGUUCUUGUAGAUUUCUACUUCUUAAAUUCUGAAGCAAGCAGUCAUGCAUGCUGUUCACUCAUAUGCAGAAAUGUGUGAGUCUCCCUGCCUUGGAAGGUUCGGUGAACUGCAUCACUAGAAAGUUUAUAUGUUCAUGAGAGAACUAUCACUAAUCUUGACUAUUACAAAAAAAAAAAAAUCUUACCAAAAAUACAAAACUAAUAUCCUCAUAUGUUAUCCACAUGCGAUGAGAAUGUAAGGAAUACUUGCAAUAUUCCCAAAUUUGUUAUUAAUAUUGGCCCUAAAUCAGGAAAAAGUAGGAAAGAAUAAGAAUUAUUAUUUUAUUAUUUAUAUGCCACUCAUCUUACUGGGUUGCCCCAGCCACUCUGGGCAGCUCCCAGCAAAAUCUAUAGAGCCAUUACACUGUGCUGAAGGCUUAUUAAAAACUGUAAUAUGUUUAUAUUGACCAGUCAGUUGAAAAAAAACAAAACCCUUGUUUGGCUUAGCUUUAAUAAAAACCUCUUUGCAAUAUCUAGAUAUAUCUGUAAAGAGAUAUUCUGGUGUGUGCUUGGUUUUAUGAAAAGCUGGCUUUUGACUUUUCUCCUUUCAUGUUCAGGCAAGACCUUUUCCAAAAUAGAGACAUUUGGCCAGUACCCCCUGCAGGUAAAUGGUUAUAAGAACUUGCAUGGAUGUUUGGAAGGCGCCAUGGUAGAGGGGGAGACUGAACCGUCGUCAUCUAAUCAGUCAGUGAAGUAUGGGCAAGAGGUUAGUUCUACACGAUUCAUCAAUUUUACUUACAGGCAACAGAGCAAAGACAAACAUGAUCCCAAAUGAGAAAUUGUAAAAAGUAUUGUGAAGCUCACAUUUUACGUGGGAAUAGUUAAGUGUACAGUAUUUCGUGGCUGACAUGUUCAUCAAAGCUAGCAUGCCUGGGUUGUAUAAUUGCUGACUUCCCACAUAACCUGUCCAGCAUUUACCUUGCAGUAAAAGGGUCUGCUUAUUAUGUGUAAGUGUGAUAAAGUGUUUCUCUUUCUAUUGAAGCCUACCCGUACCCGAGUAGGGAGGAACCACUGCCUCCAUAUUUUCGGAGGGUAAAAGUACAGUUCUUAACUUUAUGGUAUGCUUUUUUUUGUAAUUCAUCUUUUCCCUCUUCGUGUACACUACACUUUUCAUUUUCAUCCUAAAUAAAAUAAAAAAUAAAAAAAUCUUCUGCCUCCACCUAUCUUGCUCUUUCUGCUUUUUGAUUUAAAUCAUGACCCAAUCAUAUGCUGCUGAGACAUAUUUGAAAGCUAUUCAGAACUACUUUAAACUACCUAAAGCAUCUCUCUUUAUAAGAAUUGUUUAUGAACACAUGGCAAAGAAUGAAAAAUUUGUAUUCUGGCAUGCAGCUUGAAAGAGAGGAGACUCUGCUGCUGUUUAAGGCCCAUUUGUGCAAUAUUGGUACUUUCUUCUGCAGCAUGUGAUGUUCCUUGAUAGAGCUGAUUGGCUCUAUGUUGAAAAUAAUGCCAGGUUUUUUAAAUUGCCCACCUAAUCUCCCAGGGCUUCACUGUAAGGCAAAUCAUCUUGAGUGAUUUCAGCUCCGUAGUUUAGGAUCCCAGGAAGCUUAAAAGCAAAAAUCUUAGCCAGAGGCAAUUUUUUACUUAACCCUUUAAGUCUUUUUUGUAUAUCUCCAGCCAUCUUAGAACUGCAUCUUAAAUCGGAACCUUUCUGUUCACAUUGCGAAGAAGGCUUUAGGAGGCUGAUGUGUUGGGAAUAGUCAGGAAUGCUCUUACUCUGUUCAAUUAAUAGAAGUUAGUUCUGCUUUCUCGUCUAUAGUUAAAUUAUCAGCUUUUGUAGGACAAAGAAUAAGGAUUGCUUUUUAAGAAACAUAGAUUUUUUUUAAAAAAAUUGUCCCUAUGUUACAUUCAACUGCCAAGGUAAAAGUUGUGGCAGCUAGGAUAACUUUUAAAAAGUGCAUCAGGCCAACUAAUUACAAAUAGCUCUAAACAGAGGGUGUGAUUUAUUUAUUUUUUAUCAUGCAAGCUUUGUCUAGCUCUAGAUGCCAGAAGGCUAUUAAAAGCUUAGAAGAUGGAACCAUUGGCAGGAUAUUUCCAUUGUGGAUUUUAAUAUCAGCAGCUAGAAAACUCUUCUGCUCAGUGUCUGUUUGAAAUAGUUUCCGACUUGGCAGUUUUUAGUUGUGAUUGUAAGGCUUGUUUGGGUUGCUCUGUAACCUUAAGCCUUUGUACACACCCAGCAAUUUAAGGUGGGCUCAGCUUGACUUUAAAAUCAGUAUUCAGAAAUAGCCUAUAACUAAAUGUACAAAAUAACAUACAUGGAUCGCCCCUCCCCCCUGGGUAUGGCACAUGACUUCCUAUGGUCGAUAGAUAUGGUGAGAUCUCUGGUAUCUUACAUAUUUUCUGUAAUUAAGUCCUGCUUGAAGCUGCUUGAAAAUUACGUGAAGAAAGUCUAGUAUCCUUCUCCUGUUCUAAAACCUUUUUUUGUGUGUUCCAGCGCUGGUUUACAAAACUUCCUCCCGUGUUGACUUUUGAACUUUCCCGUUUUGAGUUCAAUCAGUCGCUUGGGCAGCCAGAGAAGAUACACAACAAGCUAGAAUUUCCACAGAUAAUUUAUAUGGACAGGUGAGGUGUUAACUGGUAGUAUCAUAUGCAAAAGCUCAGACCAUCAGACUUUACCCUCAAGGCCUGCUAGAGUAAUAUUGGCAUGACUGCAUCAGUCUUCAUAAUGAUUCAUGUGUACUUUUGAAUGGGAGGACUGAUGCUACAAAAAGAGACCACACAAAUAAGUGUUUCUCCUUUAGGUUCCUGUAUGGUAACAAAAAGCUUGUUCAAGCCAAAAGAGAAAAGAUCAAGAAACUGAAGGAUCAGAUAACGGUUCUACAACAGAAAUUGGAAAGGUAGGUGGUCAGCUUUUCGAACUACAAAACUUCAUGUUUCCAUAUUCAGACUGUUAUGUAUGGUGGUCAGUCCAUGAUUAGAGCAGCAGUGUCUAUAUCACCUUUCCCCACAUGUAAUUAAUAUGAACGCAUUGGACUGGUGUGUUUUUCACUCAGUUUGGGAUCUGUGAGUGCAGUCUUGGCGGGAGCCUCCACAUCUCUCCAGUCAUUUCAAUGAUCUCUCAGAGUGGCAAGGAAAAGCUUUCUAUGACAUCUCCCUAUUCUCCAGCCCACAAAGGGUCAUAUGACUACAUACUGCUUCUAUCUAGCCACAUUUAUUAUAGCUGCUGGGUGUGUCCAAAGCAAAUUUCCUGAAGAGGGCAAGCUUUUAUCCAGCAUUGGACACACACACACAAGGACAUGGACUGAAGGCUUGGCUGUUAAGCUUCUCAUGGCUGAGUAACAGUGGCUUGUAGUUGAGACACAAUAAGUUCCUUAACUGGUCCUUGGCAUUCCACCAUGAACAAUAACUUUUACUUUAUAUUACUGUUGGGUAAUAUAGGCAAAUACUGCACUAAUUAACACUGCUUGUUUUGGGGCCCAUCUUAUGUUCAAGGAAGUGGUCUCCAUGCGUGUUGACUGACUUUUAGAAAGGCCUACAAACAGAUGCCUCUUCCUUCUUGGGUUAUUAUGCCUGACGUUAUAGAAUCCAACUUUCAGUGGUAGUUUAUCAUGCAGUUUUUCUUGGUAGUUAAAAUGUAAUUUAGAUUUACAGUAGUACUUGGGCAUAUGCCAGAUAUUUAAAGGGAAAGCCCAAUUGGUCGCUAAUGCUUCCUUAAAUAACUAUUGUAGCUUUGAUCCCCUUAGAAUAAUUUAAAGUAUACAGGGAUUCAAUAAACUUAAUUGGUGUUUUUAUAAAGUAGGAUAUAAAUAACAUGUCAUAAUUCUCUUUGAUUUACUCUCUUUAGGUACACAAGAUACGGUUCUGGUGCCAGUCGCUUCCCUUUGCCAGACAUGCUGCAGUAUGUUCUUGAAUUUGCAGGUACUAGGCUGCCCAGGGCUGCCCCCUGCACUCAAGACUUGACACCAGUAGCUGAAUGCCAAACUUCAGAGACUCCUCCAACGCAAAGCAGGUAAAGAACUGAUUUUCCUAAGAUAUCAUUUGCAGCCUCACCUUGCCUCCAGAAAUCUUGGGAUCCUUUUAUAUAUCCUUUCCAUUUCCUUGCUUUCCAUAUUUCCAAUGAAGGACUUGGUUGAAAGCUGAGUGAUGCCAUUCUGACAGAGGUUGGUUUUCCAUCGGGGUUGAUUUAAAAUGAGAAAAAUAACAUGUCAGCGAUUCAAAUUGUUGUAACUUGAUGUAUGCUUCUUUUGGGGGGGGUCUUUGGCCAAAAAAGCAUCAUACUAUAGCUCAUUAGGUGGCUGCUGAGUUCAGAGAAGUGUUGGUUUCCAUUUGCUGGGAACUGUAGCAUUGAUUAUCUUUCUAUCCUUCUCUUAAUAGGGUGACAGUAACACAAGCUGAAAGUGCCAAGGACGUAGCCUCUGCCCUAGCCACAUCUCACCAGGAACCAAACAACAAACCCCUCCAGUUUCCCAGACUUCCUGUGAAGGUGCCAGAAGGCCAUGUCCCUCGUGAGAUCACAAAGGAUGAAAUAAGUCUUGUUGUGGCCUGCCUGCAACGAUGGAGAGAAGAGGUUGAACAAGACAUAAAAGGUCUGUGCCCAGAUAGUGCCCUCCCUAUUACAGUGGUACCUUGGUUCCCGAAUGGCUUAGCUGACAAAUAAAUCGGCUCCCAAACGCCACAAACCUGGAAGUAUUCCAGUUUGCAAAUGCUUUUCAGAAGCCAAACACCCAUUUUGGCUGUCGGUAUCGUUUCCGGGGCUAAUCAGCCAAUCAGAAGCCACACCUUGGUUUUUGAAUGUUUUGGAAGUCAAAUGGACUUUCAGAAUGGAUUGAGUUUGAGAAUCAAGGUACCACUGUAUUGCAUUUGUUUUUUGUUUUUUAAAUUGUAAGCUUUUACUGUAUUUUAAAUGGUCCUGGGAGCUUAUGGUGAAAGGUGGACAGAAAUUAACAACAACAACUUUCAGUUAGAGCUAGAGUCACUGACUUUCAUUGGUUAUGUUCAGGGCUGUUCAUUCUCUGCCCCAUGCCAAUGCAAAAUAAACAGAGUCAACUUUCAUGGAAACAUGCUUAUUCUAAAUUCAGUUAUUUCACCUGCUUGCUUCAUUUGACGUUUGAAAGCUUAGUAAGUGUUGGCAUAUUGUAGGAUGCAGACUCUGAGCUGGAGGAGCCUGUAUCCUAUUAUAUGUGAUGCAGUUUUCACUUGAUUAUCAGCUGCUUUAGAGACCUGCUGAAAGGCAAGAAAUAAAUACUUUAAAUGCAGCCUGCUCUUAAUCUGUCUGCACACUUUUGUCUAUUAAACCUCCACAGCAAUUGAGACUUCUAUUCUUCACAAAACAUCAAUAGCCUUGGCAAUUUUCAUGAUUAUUUUCUUUAUAAAUGGAAGUAAUUUCUAACCCAUUCUUCAUUGUUCACCCAAUCCCAGAGUGGGAUGUGACAUUCAAAUACAGUAAAUGUGAAAAUGGACAAUAUGCUAACAAAGCUACAGCAGCUGAACCAAGGGCACUCCUUUAGUCAAAUGCUUGGGCGAAAUCAUCACCCGGUACCUUUGUGUGAAUAGAGUUUUGGAAAUAGGAGCUGAACUACUGUAAAUCAAUGCUUCCAACGUCAUUCUCUGAAGCUGCUCUUGAAGAAUGGUGUGGUUAGUAGUAUCAAAAGCCACUGAGAGAUUGAGGAGAAUCAACAGAGCUGCACUUCUCCAUCUUUCUUCUGAUGAAGGCCUAAUUUCAGGCUGGAGUGGGACUUCUAGAUAAUCAGUUUCUUCCAAGAAUGUCUGGAGUUGAGAGGCCCCUCCCUGUUAAUCACUUCCCUAAGGAACGAGGCAUGUGGGCUUAGAGUUAUUAAGAUUGUCCAGGUCCAGGGAGAACUUUCAAAGAAUGGGUGCACCAGUGCCUCCUUCAAGGCAGCCAGAAACUACCUGUCACGCAGCAGUGCAUGGAUUUGAAUGUAGGUAGAUAUUUGUGUUGUCUGUGUCCUAGAAAUGCUUAACAGUUAAUGCAAGAUCAAACAUAAGUAUUGAAUUGUUUUGAUUAACAGACCUGAAUGCUUCUAUUGCACUGCUUUCCCAAUCUAUUGACCAGAUGUACUCAGAUCCUUUGCUUCAUCAGGUAAGGUAUUUUGUCUUUUCAUUGAGAUUAUGUUUUUCUGUUCUUGUGCUAGCACUGGUACAUGCAAGCAGUGCAUGCUGUUAAUUGAGUUCAUUUAGAAUUUUCUUGAAAGUGAUAUCUUAUUGGGAGAUGGGGCAUAACUGCUGUUGUUGAACCUAAAGUAAUUCUCUGAUCUGUCCACGUAAAACUAGUUUACUAAAGCCCAGCCUUUUCAAGCAGGCAUUUGGAUUCUAUAUGAUAUCCUGCAAAUAAUGAAAUUACCUUGCUGUGGAAUGGUAUUGCUAAUGGGAUUCAUUAAAACUUGUUCUUAGACACAGGCACUUUCCAUUUUUCUACCUUACGCUAUUUCCUGUGCUUGUUUCAGUGAGCUGUAGAUGCUGUUGUAAAUAUUAAUAACUGGGGGAGUUGGUUCAGUUUUCUCUCCUUACCCCUUCAAAAUACAUUACUAGGACUGUUCAGAUACUGUACCUUGCUGAAAGACGGAGAGCUGCUUCUUUCAUGCUUAGAGGUGUUUCUGCCCUUUUCCUCCAGCACGUAAUGAAUCAAAUGCUGGGUGUGUCCUGGAUUAUACAGUGUCUGCCUCUUGGCUCCUCAUCUUAAAAGGCUUGGGUUUCAAGAUUCUGCCAUCAUAUUAGUGGAGUUACGUUGUAUAAUCUUGGUUUUUUCCAAUAAAUGGUUUGUAAUCCUCUGUGUCAAUCUGUCAAGUGUUUUCUGGGUAGUCGGGCUUUGACCCUUAAAGUUCACACUUGUCACAAUGACUCUGAAGCACUGCUUUCUGCCAACUAAAACCAUAUUACUCUGGGAAGAAAAGAAUCUGUCCCUCUCUGUGUGAAGCCAGGAUUGUAUGAAUGGAUAGUUCUUAACAGGCACAACAGCUGGGAAUGUGCCUGGCUGAAUCUGGCCUGAGGUCAUGUUACUUCACCUGCUAAAAAUAAGCCUGUUGUGUAUGUGUGUGCAUAUUUUGCAGGUCCCUUACCACUUGCAUGCUGUCUUGGUCCAUGAAGGCCAGGCCAACGCUGGCCAUUACUGGGCCUACAUCUACAACCAGCCCCGAAAAAGCUGGCUCAAGUAUAAUGACAUCUCUGUGACAGAGUCGUCUUGGGAAGAACUGGAGAGGGACUCUUUUGGAGGCCUGAGGAACGCCAGUGCCUACUGCCUGAUGUACAUAAAUAAAAAGCUACCACACUUUGCUGCUGCUGGUAAGGACUUUGAAAUGCUUACUUGUCUGAGUGAUCUUGAGCUAUUGGUUCUGUAAGCACUUUUCUGCAAUGCACCCAGUCCCUGCUUGUGGCUCAUGGUUGAUUCUUGAUUGUAUGGGAAGGUCUGUAGGGACUUGGGGUUUGGGCUAAGUGAUCUCUUCUAAGCAACUGUUUUUCUAGACGCAUCUAGUUGUGUAUAGAAAUGGUACAGUAAAAAGGGUACAGUACUGGAGUGUAAGAUGUCUAGCCUGCAUUUAAUGCUGUUUGAAAUCACGAGAGAGAGGAUGUCUUGACCUCCUUCUGCAGUGCAGGAGUGAGUGCUGAGAGUAAUCCUAACUGGGCCAAAGUAACAGCCAACAUCCAUAUGGGGACAGAGAUGUUGGCUUAGCCCAGUACAUGCUUCCUUCAGGUUGAUGAUAUGCUCUAUUCAGAUACCUGUCUUCUGGAGCAGUCUAGAAAAUUAGCUUGUGCAGGGUAAAAAGAUGAACAAGUAAAGAGCGUGCAGGCAAGCAGUUGACCAUUGCCAUCUCUCAUGGCAUCUUCCUCCUUUUCUCUGGAACACUGAAAAGACAUCUAGUCCAUUGGGGUUUGGGAGGUGCUGUGAAACACACCUAAGUAGUCCAGCUGAUCUCUCACCACCUCUCACCAUCUUUGCCCUGGAUGCUGGUGGUUGGAAACCAUCAUUGGGUGCCAGUUGGAUUGAAAUGAGGUAUUUUAUUUUCCCUACUUCCUACAUGCAUCCCCCAUCUUUGCUGUAAGGAGCUUCGGGUGUCCUGUAUAGUGCUCAUCCUUCCAUUUUUAACCUCACAACAGCCCUAUGAGAGAGGUUAGGCUGAGAGAUCUAGUAACUGGCCCGAGAUAACCAAGUUGAGCUUCAUGGUCCAGCUGGGUUCUGAAUCCUGGUUUUUCAGGUCCUGCUUCUGACAUUCUUUAACUAUACUGGCUCUAAACCCCAUACCAGUUGUGCGUGUUUGGGAUAGAAGCAGCUUCAGUUCAUUUGUAUCUCCUGUUCAGGAUUGUUCUGGAUCAAAAGGCAGCACAGAGAUCAUCUUAAUAAAAUUCCAUUGCAACCAACCCUACCCCAAUUUAAAUGUAGACGUGGACCAGGAUAAGCAUAAGGUUUGAUAAGAAGCUGAAAGAAUCCUCCAGGCAUUGAUGGGUUGACAGAGCAGAGGAGUAAUAAAUUAGGAGCUAAUGGUUUGGGAGAAGUUGGGGCUUUCCCUAGGUCCCUUUAUACAUCAUUUGCAUUUUGAGCCUUAGCAGUAGGUGUGUGGAUGUGUAAAAGGUAAAGAACCCCUGGAUGGUUAAGUCCAGUCAAAGACAACUAUGAGGUUGCAGCGCUCAUCUCACUUUCAGGCCGAGGGAGCCGGUGUUUGUCCACAGGCAGCUUUCCAGGUCAUGUGGCCAGCAUGACUAAACUGCUUCUGGCGCAACGGAACACCAUGACAGAAACCAGAAUGUACGGAAACGCUGUUUACCUUCCCGCCGCAUUAAUACCUAUUUAUUUACACUGGCAUGCUUUCAAACUGUUAGGUUGGCAGGGGCUGGGACAGAGCAACAGGAGCUCACUCCAUCGCAGGGAUUCGAACCGCCAACCUUCUGAUUGGCAAGCCCAAGAGGCUCUGGUAUAGACCACAGUGCCACCCACGUACAGUGGGUGUGUAGCCCCCUCCCCCCCAUAGGGUGGUGUGUAAACCCAAAUCCAUUUGUAUAACUGUCUGCAACUUCUAUCCAAGGUGCUCAGAUAAGUAGGGGUGACCCGUAGUAUUAAUAAACAAAGGUUUCACUGUAGGCUAUUCUUUCACAAAGUGUCUUGGUUUAAUAGUGAGCCCGACAAGUAUUCAGAGGUAGGAUGCAAGGGGCAAACGAGCACCAGCACCUUCUGGAUAUUUUCCCUUUGAUUAGAUUAUGUUAAUGGGCAGACCCAGAGAGAAGUGGAAUCUCUGCCUCUGGAGCUCCAGCACUACAUCCAAGAAGACAACUGGAGGCUUGAACAAGAGGUGGCAGAGUGGGAGGAGCAGUCGAGCAAGAUGGCGCAGAUGGAUCAGUCAUCACCAGCAGAGUCUCAGGACCUCUCUUCUGACUUGGGACAAGGUGAGAAAAACAGUCAGUCUUUUUGCGUGCCUCUCCCAAUCCCGGUUGUUCAGCCCUCUGACGUACUGGAUUGCUGAGAGUGAUGAGACAGUCCUGGUGCUUAAAUUUCUAUAAGAAGCCCUGUGUGGACUUUACCUCCCAUAUUGACUUGCCCCAUGUAUUGAGAUGAUUUUCAGAGGUUCUUCCAAAGCCCAUGCCAUUUAGAGGUAAUGCAGAUUGGUUGCUAUCUGUAGAAUUUCCUCACUGGGGAUGAUCCUUGGCACCAGCCUUGUUAUCUUUUUAUUCUUCCAGAUUUAUUAAUGCAUUACUUAUAAGACACAGGCUGCUGUUUCUGUCCCGUUCAUUGGGAGCAUUGCUCAAAAGGUAGAAUAUAAAUCUUUGCCCUCCCACACUAGCUGUAGUUCAGGGCCAGGCACGACCCAGCUUCUAACAUUUUGUCUAGUUCUAUGUUUUUCUAAAUGUCUUGCUGGACGUAGAGAGUAAAUUGUGCACUACGCUUAUUUUUCUCUCCUCAGAAAGAUCUUGUUCCUCCAGCUCUGAACGGAUGGCACAUUCCCUCUCCUCUGAACAUGCCAUGAUUGCCAAGGAACAGACGGCUCAAGCCAUUGCCAAGACAGCUGAUGCAUAUGAGAAGGCUGGUGGAUUGGCAGCUCUUGACAAGGUGAAAAUAGCAAUUGUUGGGCUUCCGGACCUUUGUAUCCACCCUUUUCCAUGCCUCUGCUCCCUGCCUCCUCUUGCUUGAACCUUUUUUUGCUUUGCUGGCUUGCCUUUCAUUUCCCUUUCUGAUUUCUUUCUGUUUUCUUAUCUCUGUGUGGCAACAGUCAAAGGAGGCAGAACCAGUGCAGCACCUCCCAGAAGAAGCAAACCCCACCACUCAGGCAGAAGAGCCACAGGAUGCUAAGGGGAUGGAGCUUUCUGCCCCACCCAGCUCACAGAUCUCUGAAGUGGAUAUCCCCAGUGUGGGAAAGAUUCUAGUUAGAUCAGAUGCAGAUGGAUAUAAUGAAGAGGUACACAGCUAUGUGUCUGUGUGUCUUUUUUGCAGCAAGCAAAAAUGUUGGGGAUGAGCAUCUUUCAUUCUAAAGCAUUGCGAACUAGGGAAGAUGCCAGACACUGCGCUCACGGGCUGCAUCUUUCCCAUUUCAGAUGGGUUAUGCUUGGAAGUAAACAUCCCAGAGCUGUCUCUCAAACCAUCCAAAUGGUGGUGCUUAGGAUUGCAGACUUUCCCACCAGUGGUUUGGUUUCUUUGACACGAGAUUACUCCCCAAGGUUGCUCACUUAAAAAUAAAAAUACUAAAGCUGUUUUACCUCUACUGAGGUCUUUUUGACAUCCAAGGCCACAGAUGGUGAAGCCACAUAACAUUCUGAAAACGUGGCAGCAUUCCUAGUCCUAAGUUUUGACUGCUCUCCUGUGCACAGAAGCAAUCCUGACAGCACCAUCAUUUUUGUCUCCGGAUUAAAUGGACAGUAUGUUUUAGGGCUGGGGGUUUUCAGCAUGUGGGUGAGGACUGGUAGGUUAAGUAAGCCAGUUGCUAGCAACCUGCUGUGGAACAAGUGGACCUGCGCAUUAUGCCACUGUCAUCCCAUACAGGAAACGGGCAUGGGUCAGGACUUGGGUGAUGUAUCUCUGCAUCCCCUUAAUUGCCCUUAAUUCCUGCUCAUCUUUCAUUAGACCUUCUCAAUGCAUAUGUGGACACUUAAGUCAUAGUUGGUAGAGGGGCACAAAGUUGAGGUGUGUCUACAAAUGUGUGAACAAAUCAAAGUAACUUAAUAAUCAUGCAGGGCAGUCUUCAACUGGCUGCUUCCAUGACCAUACUGGUUGGGGCUGUGGGAGUUGCAGUUCAGAAUUCAAACAUCUGGAAGGCCCCAGGUAUGGAAGAAGAUAGAACCCUGACUCUGGACUCUGCAUGUCUUAGCUCUUGCCUGUUCCGACUCUUUCAUCAUGUAGCAUUUUUCAUUUUUCCUCUCUCCAUCUUUCUUUUUUCUUCUUUCUGUCAGAUGAUGCUCAGUCCUGCCAUGCAAGGUGUGAUCCUGGCUAUUGCUAAAGCCCGUCAAACCUUUGAUCGGGAUGGGUCUGAAGCAGGGCUAGUUAAGGUACUAUUGUACACAUUGACCUCUUGGCAGUGGAGAAAUGCAAUGAAACAUUGGCUACGGAUGCCACGUGGCUGUUCCUUACUUUGUUUUUCCAUCCUGCGAUGUCUUGAUUGCAGAGAUCAUUUGUUCCGUCACAAGAGGUUGAUAUUCCACUUUGAGGAAGCAGGUCUUCACUGAUUUUUGAAGUUUCUCCUCCCAGGAAUCUUCUUAAUAUCUGUCUUCCACUGAGAUAACAAGACUGCUGCUGCUCUUAAAGCAUAAACAUUCCACUCUGAGUAGAAGUUUGUUGCAUGCACCCCAAAGUGCAGCUCCCUCCCCUACUGCUAUUGGAUAUAUAUAUUACAAGGUGUGGUCUUCUCAUGACCAAGGGAAGCACUGGACUGGCUUGUGAAGCUUCUUUCUAGUCCUAGAGAGGGUGGCAUCCUGAUUUUCCUUCAUUCAUCCUUCCUCUACAUAAGGAGGGCUUCUCCUUGUAGUUAGAAAACUUAGAACCUAGAGAUAACCAUUUAUCCUAUUCUGCUUUUUCCCCUGCUUGGGGGUAUUGUUAGGGGUUGAGGGGGCAGGGAUUGCUGCUUUUAUUGAUUUUUUUGUAUAUUUAUUUUAGAUCUUAUGAUUUUUAUGCAAAUUCUUUAAUUUGGUUGUACUUUUUGAUGUUUUAUUUAUUGUUUAUGACUACUUUUGUUACGUUUGUAAUUGUGUGGGGGUUUUUUAACAUGUUGUAAGCCACCUUGAGUGUGGUUUUAACCUUGGAAAGGCAACAUAUAAAUAAAACGAUGCAUGCAUGUAUGUAUAUUGUUAAGAAAUCUUUUGUCUGGUAUCCAUUGAGCCUGUUUCUCAGCUGUAGAAGUCUCCAAAUGAGGACUCAUGUUUCUAGCUUAGGUUGUGGACAUCUCAAGAAAUCUUGCUGUCUCAAAGUAGAGAGGUGGAAAUUGCCCAUCUUUCAGGAAAUCCUCUGAAUGAUUGGUGAAGGCCAACGCGCUUGGAAUUUUCUUAGUAGCCCUGCAGCCUUCCGGAAGCAGCCCAAAGUGCCAACUGCCGUCAGAAGCAAAACUUGCAUUAUAUUAUUAUUAUUAAUGUUUAUUGAGUUUAUAUACCAUCCUAUACCCGGAGGUCUCAGGGCGGUUCACAGAAAAGAUCACAGUUGUAGAGAUCAGUUUGUUCCUGUUGUUGUUGGAGUUGUGCGCUGAAUAAAAUCCUCGGUAUUGCUGCAGUAGAUCAUAUGGCACUAGCUUUUGCAUACCAGUUCCAAGGAGCUACUUUGACAUUGUUGGAGCAAGACCUCAUGACGGUCAUCUGCAGAGCAAAACAAGACCUUGCAGUUGAUUGGCUUCAUAGGACUUUAAUUUCAGCACAUCCAGCUUAAGUUGGUCAUGAGCAGUUUAUUGAUAAGAAUGUCCCUCAAAGUCUAAGAAUUGCUUGCAUUGUGGAUUCAUAAUUGUCAGGCUGAUAUUGUUCCAAUUUUUGGCUUUAUUAGGCAUUCCAUGAAGAAUACUCCAGGCUGUACUCGCUGUCAACAGAGACUCCAACACCACAAAAUGACCCCCGGCUUCAGCACGUCCUAGUUUACUUCCUGCAGAACAAUGCGCCAAAGCAAGUGGUGGAACGGACUCUUCUGGAGCAGUUUGCAGACAAAAACCUCAGCUAUGAUGAAAGGUUUGUUCAGAACACGUAAGCUGGAAUGUCUUCUGUGUGAAUAAAGGAAGGGCACAGAAUUGCUUUGAAAGUGCUACAUGGGGGCUUUGUUUGGUAGGAGUGGUAGCACUGAUCAGUAUUAGAUGGUUAAAGAGAUUUUUAUUGUUCUGUGUUUUAGCUCUCCGUUUCUAACUUGCAUUUCCCCCUCAAUGGGCCAAGAAGGCAGCUUCCAGCAAGUCAGUGCUGCUUGCACCUCUGAAAUAUAUAGAUGUAAUAUCAAAACAAGCUAAAUCUAAGAGAUGUUUCAGUUGACAUUCUCUGGCUUUUGGGUAUCACUUCACUAAGCUUUCUCCUCCUUUCUGUGAACAGAUCAAUUAGCAUUAUGAAGGUAGCUCGAGCUAAGUUGAAAGAGAUUGGUCCUGAUGAGGUGGACAUGGAAGAGUAUAAGGUAAGGAGCCUCAGCCCUAAAGUUUUAGGUCUGGUUUAUAUCUUUGUGUCAAAGCUGCAGCCUAAUUGUUAGGUGAGCAAACACUACUCUUGUGACCAAAAAAGGAAAAUUGGUUUCCUUCAGAUAAAUGGUGAUGACUUAAGUUUCUUCAGAGUUGUGUUUUGAGGGUUACUUGCUCUGUCUCAAGGGACACGGGUGGCGCUGUGGGUUAAACAGACAGAGCCUAGGACUUGCCGAUCAGAAGGUCGGCGGUUCGAAUCCCCACAACGGGGUGAGCUCCCGUUGCUCGGUCCCUGCUCCUGCCAACCUAGCAGUUCGAAAGCGCGUCAAAGUACAAGUAGGUAAAUAGGUACCGCUCUGGUGGGAAGGUAAAUGGUUUUUCCGUGCGCUGCUCUGGUUCACCAGAAGCGGCUUAGUCAUGCUGGCCACAUGACCCGGAAUCUCAUGACCCAGCCAAUAAAGUGAGAUGAGCGCCGCAACCCCAGAGUCAGCCAUGACUGGACCUAAUGGUCAGGGGUCCCUUUACCUUUACCUGCUCUGUCUGAGAUGUCUAUAUUUCCUCUUGCCCUGUUCCGUAUCCUGGAUAAAAUCUGUUCCAUUCCACACAUAAACAGUAGCAGAAAUAAGAGUGCCCUGCCUCCCCUCCACAUCCCAUUUAGAUAUUAUGGUAAAUUUAGUAGCAUUCUGUUCAUCCAUUUUCAGUAGAAACAUGUCUACAGCAUUUUUAAAGCGUCUGGCUCGCUGAGACACUACAGAGUGUUUCAGGUGCUCCCUUUGCUGUCUUGUAGAUAUCCUGCUUCACAUUCACUUCAGGAUUCAUCUGAAUCCAGCGCACAGCCUUACUGCAUAUACCCAAAAUGAGGGUGAAGUGCAUAAUAGGCAUCUUAUAAUUUGUAAGUGGGCUAUGAUUCCUGCCUCUCUCCACCUGACCUAGGGCGCGGCCUGACAGGUUUCAUAAGAACUGCUGCUUCUGCUGCUGCCCAGCAAGGACUGGGGUAUUUUGGGGAAAAUUUUGUCAGGAGUUUUUGCUGUUAUUGAUACUAAUUUUUUGUAUCUUUUUAUGUGGAAAUUGUUCAGUUUGGUUAUGUAGUCUUGAUAUGUGUUAUUUAUUUUUAUGACUACUUUGCUAUGUUUGUAACUGUAAAUCUUUUCAUAGUGUAAGCUGCCUUGAGCUUUGUUUUAACUGUGGAAAGGUGGCAUACAAAUGAUGAUGAUGAUGAUUACCAUAUUUUUUCCGUGUACUAGACAAGGUUUUUUGAAUCAAAAAUCAUGUCCAAAAACAGGGGACGUCCUAUACAUGGAUUGGGGGGGGGGAGUGGCGCACGCGCCGGUUGGAGGGAGCGCAACUUCCCAUGAUGCCACGGCACGCGGGAAACGAUCUAGGGAGUGUUUUCUGCCCGCAGUUGCAUGGGGGGAGAAGCUCAACAACUUUGGGCCAUCUCCCCUCAUUUUCUUAAAAUUGAGUCCCCCAAACUAGGGGGGGGGGGGUUUCUUAUACAUGGGGAUGUCUUAUAGAUGGAAAAAUGCGGUGCCCAAAAGCAACAAGAGAAAAGGAGCAAUAUGAGAAAAGCCAGGUGUGAAUAAAGUGGGACUUACUGAACCAAUAAUGGAUUGUGACUGUUUUCUUUUUCUGGCACAGAAAUGGCACGAAGACUACAGUUUGUUUCGCAAAGUAUCUAUUUACCUCUUAACAGGCUUGGAACUGUAUCAGAAUAAACAGUAAGUUUGUGUAAAUUGCUUCUAAAGGUUGUGAUGAAGAUUUGGAGGGUAGCUGAGGAUUGGUGGAUAUAUUCUUAGACCCAACACAGACUGUUGAAAUCUGUGGUGGUGCAUCAUAGCAAGUAGAAAUUAGGGACGACCUGAGUGGGGAAGUACUACUUUUCCACUGUGUAUAAUCAUAAUUUAUUAUUUAUGCCCCGCCCAUCCCCGGGCGGCUUCCAGCAAAAUAUUAAAAUACAUGAUGUUGCCACUUCUGCAUCUGUAUCUUCUCAUGAACACUUUGGCUCAAAAGGUUUCAUUAGUAAGGUGAAUUAGUAAGACUCCAGCAAACUUGGACAAGCCUUCUUCUAAUGGACACAGGAGUGUCCAUAGUCUAUACAUAAAGAUGGUGAAGAAGGGUGGUGCUAGGAUGCUUGUGGUAAUCCCUCAUGCACUGAGGGGAGAGCAGGAACUUCUGAACAGGGUACAGUUGUGUUCCUGUGACUUUUGGUAAAUGUUCUAGUUUGUGGGCCAGCUCUUACUAGGCAGCUGUCCUCCUACAGAGUGGUGCAUGGGCUACACUGGGAAAAUGUUCCUAGCUCGUUUAAGCAAAGCAUCCCUUCCCAGUUAUUUGUGUUCCAGAAGGGCUUAUUUUCUGAACACAGGGAAGUAGUGAACAGAUAGGUAUAGCCAGUGCUUUUUUAGGGGUACUCUCAUUUUGACUCAAGAAAAUCACCAUUUUAUAGUUCAAAUCAGGAAAAAUUAAAUGCACAAAAGUACAAAGAACAUGCAUUACUUCAUAUUACACAGCUUACAGUCACUUCCACAUUGGCAUGAGGUUGUGUGCACUAACAUCUUCCCGAUUCCUCUACUAGAUUCCAACUCCUACUUCACACAUUAAAACACUUGCUUUAGUCUGAAACACUGUGACAAGAAAUGAGGCUGCCAUCGGGGGUAGCAACGGAACUGACGAUUCACCAUGUUAUUCAAUGGAACUGACAAUUCACCAUGCUAGAGAAGAAACAAAAAAUUUUAAAAUUUUUGGGUUCUUCCAUUAGAUUCACAAAAUGUUUAGGGGUAUGCGUUACCCCAGUGUACCCCCAGAAAAAAAAGCACUGGGUAUAGCCAUGUGUCCCAAGCAAGUAUAAGAGCUAUGAAUGGCUGCUGUAGUUUGCAAUAAAUGUUUGCUUGCACAACCUGUUUUAAUUCCGAAGAUUACAACUCUCACCCUCUUUCCUGUUCUUAUAAGGUACUAUGAAGCUCUGACCUAUCUGGUGUAUGCCUAUCAGAGCAAUCUGACCUUGCGGAGGAAGGGAGCCAACAGAGGUGCCAAUGCAUCUUUAAUUGCUCUGUACAGAAGAAAAUGUCUCUUGGUUGGUAUUAACCCCUUCUCCCCUCCCCUGCUUUCUCCACCCCUUCACGUAUUGCCUUUAUAGUAUGCUAAGGGAUGUGGGUGGCGCUGUAGUCUAAACCACUGAGCCUCUUGGGCUUGCCGAUUAGAAGGUCGGCAGUUCGAAUCCCCACAAUGGGGUGAGCUCCCGUUACUCUGUCCCAGCUCCUGCCAACCUAGCAGUUUGAAAGCACACCAGCGCAAGUAGAUAAAUAGGUAUCGCUGUGGCGGGAAGGUAAACAUCGUUUUUGUGCAUUCUGGUUUCCAUCACGGUGUUCUGUUGCACCAGCAGUGGUUUAGUCCUGCUGGUCACAUGACCCGGAACGCUGUCUGUGGACAAAUGCCAGCUCCCUCGGCCUGAGAUGAGCACCGCAACCCCAUAGUUGCCUUUGACUGGACUUAAUAGCUUAGGGGUCCUUUACCUUUAUAGUGUGCUCUAUCUCUUGGUUCCUGAAUGGAUUAGUGAAAACCUGUCUCAGGUUGGGGCACUUUGCAGGGAGGGGAAUAUCCGGCAGAUGUUUGGGCUCUUUUUUGCCAUGGCAAUGUAAAAAGUUCUUUUAAGCAGACAAAAACCCCUAAAUGUUCAGCUGCACUCUAAAACUUGCCACAGGAAGCAUUGUGGAAAGUGACAGACACCAAUCUGAGCUGUUGCCAAAGACCCAUAAAUGUGUUUCUUGUAUUGUUUUGCCACAGAAGUUGAACGAUGCUGCAGCAGCUCUGUUUGAAAGUAGCAAUGAGUUGAGCGUGGAUGAAGGUGUGAACAUCUUGAAUGAGCUGAUCAUCCCCUGCAUGCACCUCCUCAUCAGCAGUGAUACCUCAAAGGAUGACCUGGAUGCCGUUGAGGUCAUGAGAAAUCGUUGGUGUGCUUACCUGGGAAAGGACAUGAAUGGUAAGAAGGGGGUCCUGGACCUCUUACUCUGUGCUGCUAUCAUCCUGUCUCUCGCCUAGUAUUGCUAGUCUUUGUGUACCUCCUGACUGUUUUUCUAAAGACUGUCAGUAAAAUGCCCUUGCACAAUUACGAUAAUCCGCAACAUUUGCAUUUUGCUUAGCCCUGAAGCCAAGGUGGCAAAUGUGGCCCUCCAGAUGUCAGCUGGACUACAGCUCCUAUCAUAUCUGGCCAUUGGCCAUGCUGGCUGAGGCUGAUGGGAGUUGGAGUUCAACAGCAUCUGCUGGGCUACAGCAUCUAAAAUUUACUGGAGAGACUGCCUUCUUGAAUUACUAGAUCUUUGUGUUCAAAAUACGGGAUUUGAUUCUUUCAUUUCCCCUCUUGUUCCCAAGUAGAAGUAACACCUGCCUCUCAACAGUCAUACUUGUAUGGGGCGUUCCAGUUAUAGCAGCUUGCUGUGUAAGCCAAGCAGCUUUCUCCUGGGGUGAGGAAUGAUAGAAAAUGUUUUGUUGCUGCCAGAAAUUACUUGUACAUGUUGCAUCUGUACCUGGCACAUCCUGUGAUCAGAGGGACACACUGAUCAGAAAACUUACUUUUAAAUCUUCAUGUGGCAUGUCAGUCUUUACCCCAGAGAUUCUGGGGCAGGGGGCAGAAUAUUACUGAACAUAUCAUGAAUUAAAAUAAGCACACAUGACCUGGAAGUUAAUCUGUUGUGCAUUUUUCUUUGCUAGAUUUUAAUAAAUUUGUUAAACUUGGUUCACUUCAGCCAGCAGGGGGUGUCAGGAAGAAGUAUUGGCCCUAAAAUACUAUUUCAAAAUAGACAAAAGCUCUGGUUUCUGCAGUUGAGUUUGCUUGUGUUCUGCUUUCAUGAACAAGCUUUUUCACAUCUGCAAUUCAGACUUGCAGAUAGUUGCUUACGGUGAGAAAUAUUUCCUUUUAGACAAGUGGCUUAUCUAACCAGUACCACCUUGUAAAAUGCCGGUGGUUGUGAAUUGGGUACAACUUAAAAGGUAUCUCUUACUGUGCACUGAGAAUGAGGUGCUGUUGUAAGUGUUUGGAAGUUGGGUUUGUAGACAUCUGUGAUGUCUGCAACACUGUCUUCACGAGUGUUUAUGGGAAGUGCUUGGUGAAGUUGUGAAUAAGUUCCCUAUUUUAACUUGUAAGUGCCAUUAUGUUGCUUUGAAGGAGUGGGAGAAGGGGAAACAUGAUUGAGGGAGCUUCCAGAUUGACAUACAGAUAAGCAUUCCAGAGUUUUUCCUGCAUCUUCUUACAUUUCACAAUCUUAGUUUCAACAAGAUUUCAAAGCAUUGCUAUUGGGUUGUUGUUGUUGUUAUUAUUUGGUUUUUCUUGUCUUACAGAGGACCUGCAGCUAAAACUGAGUGAAUUCCUACCCCGCCUGCUAGAUUGUUCCUCCGAGGGCAUAGUUCUGAAAGAACCACCCAAGAUCCGCCCCAAUUCUCCCUACGAUCUCUGCAGCCGAUUUGCAGCUGUCAUGGAAUCUAUUCACGGGGCCUCGACUGUCACUGUCAAAUAAAAACUGCCGACUGUACUGCAUUAAGCUCUGGAGACCACAGGCCCACCAGCGUGUGGAAUCCAGCUGCCGACCACCUUUUGGAAUGGAGCAAGGAAGAGAGAUGCUACAUUGAGACAAUCCACAUUCAGACCUAACCAAAACUGUGCUAAGAAAAGGGCUAAAUGGGACAUGACACUCUCUGGUGUGCACCAUAUAUGGGAAGGCACUAAAUUAGAACAUGUCUUGAGGUUUCACUGUUUUACGUUGCCUAUAACUGCGUUUGCCUUGGCUUCCUACAAGAACAUGGUAGGAAGACACUUAUUUUUUUAAACGGAAAUUUUAAACACAGCAUAUUGUACAUAUAUACUUCUGUUGUGCUCAAUUCUUAUGGAGUAUACAGUGGUUUGAUAUGCUCAUUGUGAGCAUUCCAUGCACGCUCUGUUAUAUUUUGAAUGCACUUGCCACACAUGCUGGUCUAUUCAUAUGUCAUAAUGCCAGCAGUAUGUUAUCAGUGCUGAUAGCUUUUGUGCUGUCACUGCAUAUGACUGGGCCAACACAAGGGAGUGCAUUUAAAGCACAAUGGGGAGCAUGUAACCUGGAGCCUGUUUAAACUGGACCUCAUUGACAUCGAAGCAGGACUGAUUCAGGGAAUAAGCCAGACAGUCGUAGGUAAUUUUAAGAGCAAUAAUUCACAUUCACCUUUUUCGUGGAAAAACACCUUAAAAUGGGAGCCUAUCAGUUGAGGCCCUUUCCAUCAGAUAUCUCCUGAUGUGGCGGUAACAGAAGAACCUGGUAGCCUGGGUCAUAAAAAAUACAGGCAUUCAUGCACACUGCAUUUGUGUAUGCUAGCAACUCAAAACACAGUUGAUGCCAUCAGGAGAAAUGGUGAUGGUGGCAAUAUUUUACAGUUGCUACAGAAUUGCAAAAGUCAUUCCAGGACAAGAAUAGAGAUGCAAAACAAAACCCCUAAGGAAACUGCUUUCUCUGACCUCCCAAAGCAUAUUUCCUUUAUUACCAAUCACUGAAUUUUCAUUAUCAGGCUAGUAUUGGCAGUGACAAGGGCUCUGAAGUCAGGAAUAAUAAACCUUUAUAAAAAGAUACUGCUUAACUGGCAAAGUCUACUGCCAAUAUUUUUAAGCAAUCUUUGUUUUACUGGAAUACAUUGGCAAUCGGGAUGUAAAUGGAAAUACAUAUUUGAGAAGCCUUUUUCUGUUUUAAUUAAAUGUGCAAUAAAGAAUUUUACCCUAUUUAAA